AACUUAAAUGCAGUCAGGCUCGUGUGAGGUUGGAGGUUCAGGCUCAGCACCUUCUCUUUCUUUUUUUUCCUCCCCCCCUUCUCUUUCUCUCCCCCUCUCUCUUGCCUCAGCGCCUGGAUCUCUCCCCAUGCGCGCUUCUCACCCCCCCAAACACCUGCCUGUGUCUCCUUCCUUUUUGGUUACAUGUAAACUAGAUCCAAUCCGGACAGCAGCCGGUCGCAGUGGAGUCCCCCUUUUUUUUUCCUUGUCAACUUUUUGUUGCUCCGAGGACAACUUUUUCUUCGCUUUAGUUCCGCGCGCUGCUUCUCCAUCUCACCCAUCUUGAUUUUUUCCCACUUUCUUUCCCUCAUACUGGAGCUUUACAUCCAUUGACAAUCACAAAACAUGCUACUUUUCAUCAGUAUAGUUUAAUGCAGGAGGACGGAGGCGCGGUCCGAUCGGUUAAAUUGGCCAGAUUUCCACCGGUUCUCCGCGCACAUUGACGGGAUUCCCCAACAAACCCGAGUGGGAGCUGCCGGACAAGUCAAUGAAGGUGCAUCGGUGAAGGUAAGCAUCCUACUUUCCAUGUUGUGUUACGGACAAGUGGCAUUAAUAAUUGAGAAAUGCGUUAGAAAGGAGAACCUCUGGAGUAAUAUAAUGCACUUUGGUGAGGGGGGAAACAAGCGCGCCUCCUGCAGAAAUUGAUUGAUGCAGGCUGUGUGCGCCCUUGCGCUAGAGAGUUGUCCAACGCGAUACGUUUACCUCCAAACAGAUCGGCAAUAAUUCCUAUAAGGGUUAAAACGAAGACGUGUUUGCGCGAUGCGUUUGUGAUUCACAAUCUUCUUCGGGGAAAAGAUUCUUAGUCUGUGAUGCUGGACAAAUGUAAGAUGAAAAGUACCAGAACAGCUGGAGAAUGAGAACACCAACUUGGGAAAUGAAGAUAUGCACUUCAUAGAAAGUUAGUGAAGUCAACAUGGUAAAAGUGGGAAUUUGUGCAUGAGCAGUUACACAGACUGGUUUAGGAUGGGAGGAUGAGGACUGGGAGGCUGGUUUUGAUGCUGGUGUUGUGCUUUGAUACAACUUGUGUGAAUGUAGCAACAAUCAACUACAGUUUUAUGUGUAAUUUUAAGUCUUCCUACACAUCUGCUGGCUUCAUUACUAACAGUAUAACCUUGGAGGUGAUGUCCCUUUCACAAAGCUUUAAAAGCAAGUUACUUUCCCCUGCUGAGAUGUUAAUACUCUUCUCUCUUUGCCAGUUUUAGUCACAUUUUGCUGUCUUAAUAUAGUUUAGCAGAAGUGGGGUCAAAUUAGGGCAAUUGUCUUUAGACUAUUCUAAAGAACACGGAUCGCCAACUUCACAACACCUUAAUGGACCAAAGGGCCAAUGGAGGUGGACGGCUCCUCUCUCUCAGAAGAUCUUUUGUACCCACAGCCAUCAGAUUUUACAACACUUCUGUAAAUAGUAGAUGACUUUUAGAGACAUGACAAAUGUGACAACAGACAAUUGAAUUUCCCUUCAGGGAUCAAUAAAGUUAUUAUUAAAUUGAAUUAAUGUAAAACAAAGUAAAUCUCUCUUUUUUAGUCUCAAUAUCAAGUUUUUGAGGUCCACUGUGGUCGGCUUAGUUCUUGGGAUAAUGAAGAACUUCCCAUAAAUACUGAGAAGUUAGACCCUGAUCUUUGAUGCACAUAGCAGCUGUGAGACAAACUCUGUGAACUCUCUGUAUUUAGUAUUUAUGUCCUUGAAGGGUUUUACGUUACCCUCUAGUUUCUGAUUUCAAGACGGUGGAAUGGGCGAAAAUCACAUUGGUUCACUCUCUACACCAUAUUAUACUAGUGUUUAGAUACAAGAACAGAUGCUGUUCUGGUCUUACUGCCAUGAAGUACCUGAAAUUUUUUCAUCGCUGUUAGAUUAUUUCUGUGGAAUUAAGUUUAUAUUUCCAACAUUUGCAUUGGCAUAAUAGAUCCUUCCUCAUUAUCACUGUGAAGAUUGUUACAAGUGUUGCCUCUGAUUAUCCUUUUUGCUUGUAACCCCUCACAGGAUCUUAAAUGCAUCCUUAAAAAGCCCCCCUGUCAUCAUGACCUUGAUUGAUGAUCUUAAGUUUAUGUUACAUAAGGUCAAAUGCAUCAUUAGUAAAACUUCAACCAGUCCCAGUUGUUAUCCUAAUCUAUAAAUCAACAUUCAGUGAGCAAUACACUCGCAGAUUGAAAUUCCCAGCUGGUGACACCGCUACACUGCUGUUGUUGCUUAACAGAGCAGAUUUGGUUAUCACGUCUGAUACAUAGUGAGAGACAUGAUCAGAAUAGAUAAGAUGCAAACUAUAAAGUCUGAAAAGAGCCUGACGAGCAUCUUCCUCACUUUAUAUAAAAUUCAAGAAUACACACUCACAUACAUUAACUCUACACAGGUUUAGACCUUAACAGAGAUAUGGAUGAGCUAAGCAUGUCAUUGGGACUCUGAAAAGUUUAAAAUUCCCACGAUAGGAGUUCAAAAUCAUAUUCGUUUGGUAUUUUCUCAAACUCAAUUAUCUUCGGCUGAGCCAUCCUGUCAAAGGCAUAAAUGGUUUGUCUUAAACAUUUAGAUUUCACUGACAGGAGAUUCCCACUUUUCGUUUUAAAUCUUCAUACAUUUUGAGAUUUUUAAAAUACAAAUCUUAUUCAAAAUGUACUUGAUUGUUUAAAACUCCUCUCCAUAAAUAUAUGGAAAAUGUCCUUUCUAGUUUAUAUUGUAAAUAAUUGCUUUUUCACUGCGCUUUGAAAAUUACACAAGGUGUUGAAAUGGCACAUCACAUUGUAGACCAUUGUUGUUUGGGUAACUCAUUUACAAUCAAAUGUUGUGCUUAAUAGAGGCUCGAAUACUUAAAAUAAUUCAGCCUAACAGUGAAAUUCAGUCUUAGUUUCUUAAAAGUAAUUGAAAUGUAGCAGAGCAGCCUUCGCUAACACCUCACAAACCUAAAUAUCUCCUGUCUUCGUGAAGGGAUCUUCCUUUUGUCGACUAGGGAAUGUUUUGAUUUCCUGGGGUUGAAGAACCUGGACUCCUGUCUAAUCUGUAACACCGGCACCCAACAUGGGGAGAGUGACCCCACCUGAGACCCCUUAAGUCUGAGUUCCUCACAGGAGCUGGCAGGAAGAUGUUCAGUUCCCACUGCAGUCUUGAAAUGUUUUCUCUGGAUGCCACUGUCCCAUCACUCUCCACCUCCUGAGAGAACUUUUCUUAUUGACAAUGAUUAUGUGUAAAUCAAUAAGGUAGUUUUGUGCCUAUUUUUAACCAAAUUAUAUCCACAGUCUGUGUGAAUCGAGGCUCUGUGAGGGCCAACUGCAAGAGAGCGUCCCUCCAUUGAUUUGGUAUUAGCUUCACCAGCUCCAACGCCCAGCCACUUGUUUGCAAAUGACGCUCGACUCCGGAGGUAUUCAAACGAUCACUAAGCACAGGAGCCGAUAUUUAUAGAGGCUGUAACAGCUUCAUUAUUGUCAGGAGGAUGGUCCCAUGGAGGGUUGAAGCCCUCAUAAAGGGUCCGAUGGAGUAUGUCCCAAUCCGCCGAGCGUUUGACAGUACAGUCAAUGGUUCCAAUCGUUCCUCAUCUGCUUUAUGGCUGCACAGACGUUUAUAGCUGUUAUGGGGUUAAAAUAAAAGCAUUAAUGGAUGCUAAGGGCAGGAGCUCUAUUCAGCAGGGGGCUGCAUUUAAUCAACAGGCACUCGGUGUAAAGUCCAUAAUCCACUCAGUGACAGUUAGUGGUACCAUAGGGUUACACAAACUGUUGCUUUAAGGGAGGCAGCGGGUGAAAUCCUAUACACUCUUGAUUAAUUGUCCUCAGCUUAUUUUUGGUGUUUUUAUCCUACCAUCCACCUUGAUAAAGCACCUGUCUUAAGUUGUGUAGAAGACUAAUAAGUACUUGUGCUUUCACAAAACCUACAGACGCAAAUGAGACCGUCAGCCAAAAGUUGUCUGAGAAUUAUCUUGUUAAAAUAAAAUCCGUGACCAGUUGGCGUCCAAUUGCAGAAAUCGUCUUUGGUCACAUUUUUCACAGCAGAGGAUCCAAAUAAGUUCAAUGUUAGACAGUUUUUGCAAAGCAGGGUGAUACAACUUACACAUAUGCAGAGAUUAGGUAUGAUUUCCUUCUUAGCCGCAGGAGUCUCGGACAUUUACACCAAAUGAAAAGCAAAAUUAAAAUCAUCGAAACAAAAAGGCUCCAUAUUUCUGCUAAUGUAGCCCUCUGCACACGUAAAAAUACUCUGUUAUACCACACGUAGUCAAAUUAACAUGCAUUCUUGUAAGCAUACACAAUCACGCAUAAAAUAUUUAGAGUACUUGCUCAUAGCGCCAAGGUUAGCCUCUCUUUCCUGUAUUUGUCUUGCUAUACACAUGUAUUUUCCUGCUUUCAGUGGGUUGGCUCAAAUGUAAGCUUCCAACCUUGUGUCCACUCAUUCCUCUCUCUUUCUUCUCCAAAUCAUCAUUAUUCUCUUGCACUCUCCACAAUGCCUCCUCCUUCAGCCCCUUUGAGCUCCUGUGAAUUGUGUCUCGCACUAAAACUACCUAUUUGUGUUCCCCACUUUCUUUCCCGGCUACCUUCCCAUCUUCCGCUACGCCCAAAGCAGCUUCCCUUUCAGAAAGCGUGCCCCCUGUUUUGGAGUCGCUGACCCCCCUCGGCUUUCUCCUCUCCCUACCCCGUCUCCCACUUAACCCCAUAUUUCACAGCUGAACUACGGCUAAUUUCCCCCCAGUCCUCCGAACAGCGCUCUCUCUACUGCCGGAGCACGCUUAAUUACCCACAAUUAAAGCCAAACGCUAACGAGAAAAUUGCUCUGUUAUGAAAUUACUUCAAAAGGACUAGAGUAAGUAGAAUGGAUUGGAUGAAAAGUUGGGUACAGCCUCGGGUGGCAGGGAAGAGCUUGUGUGCUGUCUUUUCCCCCUCAAGCUGUCUCAGUGGACGGCAGUGAGCAAAGACUCCACCGGCAGCACCCAAAGCUGUGGGGUACAAUAUUCAACAGCUAAACCCCGGCGUUGGCGCUGAGGGAGCACAAGUGUUCACUUUAGUAAUGGAAGAGUGGAUGUUUUAAAGCUUUGUUGUGAAAGGGGAAGUGACUUGGUUUGCCAGUUUAGUCUCCUUUUAAUCACAGCAGUUAAAAAAUCCUGUGUGUUCAUCUUAGACAGCAGUUUUCUCUCUGUUACUUUUAGUAAUAAAUGUGACAUUAAAUCUCAAGACCACACAGAAAUAAUUAGUCGCUCAAGCUGGUAGGCCAACAGAUUGCCUUCAAAGUCAAAAAUAUGAAUUUACAGCUGCUCUUUAAACUGAGUGAUAGCAAUUCUAAGUUGAAACCUAAAAUCACUGCGAGGUUAUCGCAAAUUUUUUAAGACAGUUGACGUCUUUCCAUCCAAGCAUCUACGAUACUGCACACAAGGUCAUUUAAUCUAAUAUAAAUGAUUGAAUAUUUAAGUAAUUAUCCAGAAAUUAAAGGGGUCCAUUAAUCCAAAUUUAAUACAACAAAGCAGCUCUGAAAAAAAACAAAAAAAACUUUGGUUCAAUCUUUCUCAAAAAUUUCUGCCCUUAUACUCUUGAAUAGAUGUGAAUAUAACCACCAUCGAGAAUGAUCAAAAUAAGCAUGCUAACGUGAAGAUUAGGAUGCAGAACCAGGUAAAACUGGAACUGAGGCGAUGGCGAUCAAUUUUUGAUAAUUCUUUUUUUUAGUAAAGUUUUGUUUCAUUUUGACCUCUUGAAAAAGGUCCCCUAUGAAACACACAGGAGAAGAGUUGGUCCCCACCAAUCAGCCAGUUCCUGCACUUGACAUGUUAAAAUGUCCUUAGGUAGGACGCUUUACCUCUGUUGCUCCUGGAGGCAAAGCAAUUGGUGAGUGAAUGGGUAUUGAUGGGUAAAGUUAGUAUUGAUGAGUACAGCACGGCAUGUUCGGCCUUUGGUGUACGGAUGCGGAGUAAAAGUGACGCAGAAUCCAGCUUAUAAACACAAGCCCCCUCUUAUUUUGUAUCACAGAAACUUGAUAGCACAUUUUACGUAUGUACUCAGAUUUUAAUCUUAUUGAAGCUUCAGAGGAAAGUCAAAGAAAGAUCAGUCACAGGACUUCAUUUUAGGGUCAGGUGGAUUUUGCUCAGAUUAUCUUGGAUUUAAAACUUGUUGGGAUCGCAUUGUUUCAUCACAGCAAAUGGCCAACCAAUGUUGACGGACGUAUGUCAAAGCUGUUGGUAUGGUUUUUCAAAUCAUGUGCUGGUGCUCUCUUUUAUGAAACCGGUACCAGUUUCCUUCAUCGAUGAAAGAACCAUAACUCCAUUUCCCCUUUUUUGAAUCCGCAAAUAAGUCAUGUUACCUGGUCACUAGGCAUGAGAACAUAUGAUUUUUGAUGACUGGUGAAGGAAAAACGAUGGCUGUUUGGUGCCACUAAAACACCCCCCACUAUAUUUAAUAAUGUGACACCAAAGUCAUGAACCCCUCUUGUAACUUAACAGGAUUAUCUCACACAAGCCCUCUCGAGAGUCUCCUGGCAGCUCAGCUGAAUUGAGACGCCCAGAUGUUCUAAGUGUAUCCGCCACAAUAUACCUGACCACACACCCCAUCACCAAGGAAUGAGCCAAGUCUUCACCACCGACUCAACCCCCCACCCUCUACCCCCUCAACCUCCCAACCCAAUCCAAUCUACAGCAGGCAACAUGAAACAAAUAAACACUAAUUCGGAUUAUUUACGUCCAGUUUACACCACAUGACGCGAGGUAUGAGCCGGAGAAAAAAAGAGCUAUAAGGUGGGUGGAUAAUUGUAACAGUGGUGGUAAUAAGUGCAGCGGCUACAGUGAUAACAAUUAGAUUUGAUUUCAUUUGAGAAUGCCUCCACAGCUGCUCCCCACUCACCCCCAUAACCCCCUUCUUCCCCUUUUUCCCUCCCUGCCCCCUCCCCUCGCUCCUCUCCCCCUAGAUUAAAGUGGGUGUGUUAAUUCCGUGGUGUAGCGAUCGAACAGCUCUGGCAACAAUGGGAAAUGGGCUAUUGAUCAGAACAGCUCAGAUUAAGACUAGGCAGUGGAGCUCUUUCUUGCUCUCUUUCCCCUUCUUUUCUCUCCAUUUCCCACCUUCUUCUGCCUGUCUUCCUGUCUGUCCUGCUUGUGUCACCCCCCCACCACCACCACCCCUCCACCCCUUCUCUGUGCUCUUCUCUACCUCUCUCUAGUCUUUCACACCCACAAAAGAGAAGAAGAAGAAGGAGGAGGAGUGUUUGCAUGUAGAGAAGUCUAUGAGGAUUUCCUGGUCCUUCUUUCUUGUCCCUUCUCGACCGCUGACUAAAUUCAACCUCAUUUAGCGUCUUUUGCUCUCCUGGAACAUCACGUCUUUGCUCGAUCAUAUCUAAAGGCUGCACAGAAACCAACAAAUCUACAGUUGUAGCCUCGAGCUGAGUUAUAAUGUGCACAAUGUGAGCCUUUUAACAGUUCACUCUGCUGCAAUUUGACAUCCGUUCACAUGAGAUUUUAUAUCAAUCAGUCACAGUGAGCCCCUUGUUGUGCCACAAUUAAAAUCCGCCCUAUCAAAACAGCUCACAUACCAAAAUUAGCUGUCAUGAUCGGGGCUGCGGGACAGAACACAUUGGAUUUGCAUUGAACAGACAUAAAACAUACCAAAUGUGAGGAGACAGCAAAUCCAUACAGUGAAAAGUGAGCUAAGAAUCCCCUGCUCUACUUAUAUUAAUUAACUCAGUCAAUGUGGAUGUGAUAGGUCAGUUAUUCAUCCUCUUCCAGCACCUCCCCACUCUGUCACACAUACCUCCCAGGUGUCAGAGGCUCAGGCGCUCCAGCUGCUCAGCAAAGACCAGCGGAGGAGAAAAAUCACACACACACACACAAGCGCGCACAGACUGUGGUGAACGUAAACAUGAGCGGGUCUGAGAGAGAGAGAGCAGUGUUUGGAGAUCGCUCACGUGUUUCCGUGCAUUUGCUUUUUUUCCCCCCCUCUUUGGAUUUUAGAGGUGACACGGACGAUUGCAGCAGACACUGCAUGCAUGUACAGAAAACGGACAUGCAACGACAGCAUGCACACAAUCGCACACACACAUGAACACACACACACAUGCUAGUGGUCGCAUCAAUAUUGCCAUGACCCUCAGGGGACUUGCAGUAUUGGCAAAGCUUUCAUCUGCUGAGUGUGUGAGUGUCUGAUACCCCCUGCUCCCACACACACUGACUUGACAUACAGUCGAGAAAAACAGUCAUAAAGCAGACAAAUUCACUCUAGCUGUGGCUUUUGUGUAGCUGUGCACCCAAAAAGUUGAAGGGAGAAAGGGCAGGAGUUGAGAAAGUAACAGCAGGAGGGGUUAACAAGCAGUGAUGGAGGGCUGAGACCAGCAGUGGACACUAGAGGGCGAUAAAGAGAUGCACCCUUGCACCUGAGUGUGUGGUGAUGAAUGGCUGGGACCGUGGCGGUGUUCCACCAACACUGUCCUUUUCAGCCAACUUAUCUGGACCCUGAUUGAUUUUUAGAGGAGCUUUUUUGAGUUGUAUAAAAACCUUUUCAAAUAUUUGACAAAUUAGUUGUCUAUAUUCUAGAUUUGUUUUCAAAAAUUGGGACAAAAAGCUUUAAAAAUGUUCAAGUUACACCUUGAAGUUGUAUGUCUUUUUGGAAAAGACAAGAUAAAAUAAGAAGAAAUAAAAAAAUCUAAUCAUUUCUUUAACACUGAAGGCUGUUAAAGUCAAACAAUUUUAUAAAGUUCCAAAAUAACUAAUAAUCUAAGUAUAAGAUAAUGGAUUUUUAAACUUUUUUUAUUACCACCAGUGAGAACACUUCUAAUCGCCUCUUAACUUCCGCCUCCUAGUCGCAGUUGAUUUGACCUUUAUCCCCCUCAGCACCCGUGGGUGAGGGGAGUAUGUCAUGUUAGCAGAAAGAGACUGUGUCAGAGUGUAUCAGCAGAACUUCCCUGACUGUGUCUUCCAGGUUCUGUCCCCUGUCUCCUUUCCUUUCCUCCUUGUGAUUCUCUUGUCAUACACUCAGGCUGUCUGCACUCAAGUGAGUUCCAUAGGUUUACCUAAUUGAUUAUUAAGUUGCUGAUUGGGGAUCAAUUAAAUAAUUAAAGUUUGUUAAGGGCAGGGUCGAUUCACUGGCAAGAGAGGCAGGGGCGCGCUCUCCUCCUCCUCCUCCACUUGGUGUUUGUGUGUACGCAGGUGUGCGUUUGUGUGUUUAUAUGCUUGCUGUUGAUAGAAGUGAUGUGAUCGAGCUGAAAGCAGAAAAUGUGUUUGUGAUGGUUGGAUUGACAGGCAGGACUAAACCUAUUUUAUGUUGGACUAAAACACAGACCGUGGCUGUUCUUCCUCUGGUUUCUGGCUUUGUGUUGAGGUGGAUGUUCGGUGCACUGAGUCACUAUGUAUCCCAGCUGAAUUGGCUCUUUCUACUCCUUCCAGUGACCACUUCUAUUGGCUGUUCUGGGAGAAACUCCUCGAUUCAAGUUGAGCAACCUAUGGGGUCAACAUUAUAGACACAGUGGCACCUUGGUUACCAUAGAUCUGAGACAGGGUGUAAAGAGGCUCUUUUUUUGUGGUGGCAAAGUGUGUCCUGAAAGACAAAACACCCUCACACACACACACAAUGUAUUACACUACACACUCUCGCUCACACACACAGACCUCAUAUAUGAGACACAGGAGCGGAAACGGGUCGAAUCCUACUUCAAAUUCUCUUUCCUCUCGGCUUGUCGACCGGGGAAAACAAACCGACCCGAGGCACUGCGAGUGGGGAUUUACUAAUUAACUACUUACACACGCGCACACACACAGGGAGAGAGAGAAAGCAAGCGAGAGAGAGAGAGAUGCACACCUCCACUCCUCCCUCCUUCUUUCCCUCCCUCCCUCCUCCUCCUCCUCCUCUCCCCUCCCUCCCUGUGCUCUCCUCCCCGGGUUCAGGUUGGUAGUAGUGCUGCCUCUCCGGUCGCUGGCUCGCUGCGCCGUCAGAGUGAAUGCGUGUGGAUAGAGUGUUUGCGCUUCAGCCGAUGAGAGCCUUGACACCACUUCCUGAACACAACAACCGGCGGUAUGUCAUUUUAUUUUCACUGUUCAGAUAUGAUUCAGGGAUCCGCUUUUUUUUGACACACGAAACAUCGUACUCUCUCUCUCUCUUUCAAUGUUUGCUUCUCGUGUAGAAAAGUUGUGUUUGUUUCGUGCCAUAAACUGUAUCUAAUAUUUGUCAUCUUUGUGUGUGUUUAAGCGAUAUCACUGGUCGUGUUGUUUUUUCUUUUUAGUAUUUUGCUUCUUCUUGAACGUUUUUUCUUGUAUUAGCAUCAGUUUGAAGAUUGCAGAAUGUCUCUUUGCAGAAACCAAAAAAAGUUACCCCGUGCGUAAAUUACGCAUGCACACUCACUCAGUUUGGAAGCAUGUUUUAUAGCUCGUAUUUUACUUUACCUAUUCUGUCUUUUAAAAAUGUUUGAAAUCUUUUGCUCACACACACUCACUCACACUCACUCACACACACUCUCACGGUAGGAAGCAGAGUUAAAUACCCGAGUUUUGGCGCGUGCUCAGGUGUGAAUGGCUCGGCUUACACGGGAGCACUUUGAUGCGUUCAGCUGUCGGUGUUGGCCCGGAUUAGCCUUUAAGUGUCUCUAUUUGUUAGCGCGUCCAGCCCUCACCUCCUCACCGCCGUAUCAAUCAGUCAAUUAAACAGGCACUCACACACGGCGAGCUGCACGAGACCUCAGCCGGUGCAUCUCUCUCUCACACACACACACACACACUCACACUCACACACACUUGCCCCCUCCCUCUCUCUCUCUCCUUCUCUCUCUCCUGUGUGUGUAUGUGAGUGUUUGACCCCGUUUAAUUUACCUCCAUGAAUAUCUUAGCGAGUUUGUGUUGCAUUUAUAAGCUCUGUUUGAUUUAUCAUUUCCAUGUCAUUGUUCUGCUUUUAGAGGUUAUUCCACGAGCUUUAAAAAAAGUUUGUUUAUCUUAAUUAUAAAUUUUCUAAUAAGACAUUAAAUUAUUCACGAGUUUGUUUUAGUUUCUCGCCUCAAAGUUGCUGCAAAAUUCCAACUUAGAUCCCCUCCCAAGUGGACUCCGGUGAUUUAUUCCAACAUUUAUUUUUCAUGUCUAUUCCCAGUUUGAUGUGCACCAAGACUUAACCUUAAACCUUCCAAAAAAAAUACGCAAACCGAGCUGGACUUUCACUGACCAUCUGUCAAGGAAAACACCCAAGUUUACUCCCAUCAGGAGUGAAGCCGGUUCUGUUUGUAUAUAUAUAUAUGUGUGUGUGUUUUCACUCUCGCAUGGGAGUUUGUUUCAGAAGUCUAACCCAUCGAUACAGCGCGAGCCAAAACUUGAAAAAAAUAUAUAUUUGGAAUAAUCUUUAUGUGAAUUGGCUGGGCUCUCCUCAGAUUUUUUUUUGCUCCUCUUUUUAGGUGUUUACCCCCCUCACAACUUCGAUGCAUAUUUAUGCGCGCCGUGGGUGUACUCCAUCAAUUAUUUGUGCCAGUAUAUUUCCAGAUAAACAGUGUUUGUAAAUCAAUACUUGCAUGUAACUAUUGCAGAUUAAGAGAUCGAUCAAUGGAUCCACCCUAACCCCGACCAAUGUUGUUUUUCUGCCGUCAAUUAUUCACAUCUAACUUUACACAACAGCAGCAGCAGCAGCAGCAUCUGUAAAGUUUGAAAGCACCUCUGACUGGGUUUACGCACAAGGACGCUCAGAAUCAGUUUGACGAGUUUGGAAUUUAAAGAAAAAUAGAGAUUAUUUUUCUGCUAGAAAUCUCGAUGUAGUCUUGUUUUAAUUUAUUACAACAAUUUCACGUUUUCUUAGUGCUGUACUGUUUUCCUUUCCAACUUUUAAUCACCUCAGCAUCUCCAUCUUCGUGUCUCCUGGAUCUCUUCUCUCAGUGUGAACUUUGAGGCCCGUGAACGUCUCCACGGUCAGCUCUUCUUCCUCCGUUCAGGCCCGUUUAAUUGGAUUAUUUCCCCGCUUUUUCUCGCGUCUUCUCGGCGGCCGUCUCAUCCGUCUGCGCUGUCAAUACUUGGUGGAAAUAUUUCCGACAUUAAAUGGCAUUCGGGGAAAUUUCUCCCCACAUCACUCACCCUCCCCUCCCCUCCAUCCUUCACCUGUGCACGACCACCUCAACUCCACGUUUAAUCACCCAAUUACAUUUAUUAUAAAGAGAGAGCUAUGAGAGGACUGCUGCUGCUGUUUCUCACUCAAGUCUGUGCAGGCUGGAUUAUAAUCUGACAGCUCUCUUUUUCACUUAUUAACAAAAUAUUAAUAAUAAUCAUAAAUUUGAUAAUUUGAGAAAUUGUCAUAAUUUUAUUAAUCAAAUAAUUAUAACUUAAAAAAAUCAACAAACACAUUUUAGGCCUACUCUUACAUGUAUAAAGAAACAGAAGUAUUUUUCAAUCGUAUGCCUUUGAAAAGUCUUUUUAUUAUUAUUUUUAAUAUUAUUAUUUAAUUAUUAUUGUUGUUUUUAUCGAACGAAUAAUCUGCAUUUCAGAACUCCAAAAAGCUUCUUGCCUUAACUGAACCUCUGCUUUUUAUCUACAUAAUUUUUUUGUGUGUUAUAAAUUUGUUAUCACUUCUGUUUUAUUUGUUAAUUUUAGCGGAUUAAGAAACUAAUUUCAUUUUAAAGAAUUAAGAAAUAAUUAAUUUGGCAUUGUUCUGCGCGUAAUUCCCCAUGCGUAAUUUCCUCUGGAUGAAAUUAUUGUGCCUAUAUGUACCCAAUCGAAUAUACAUAUUUUUCUCUGUUAAUAAAGGGAAAAUUUGCAAAGCUUUAUCUUGUUUUAAGUUUUUAUUUUCGAGGAGUGAUGAAAGAGUUUAAUCUGUUCUUGGAGGGAGGUGAAUUUUACGCACAUAGUCACGAUUCUUUGGUGAAGAGGAAUCACCAUUUAGGAUGAAACCUUCCCCUCUUAAUUUUGGUCUUGGUUAGUUUCCCCCCUCCUUCAGGAAAUAGACUCUUUGCUUUCUUUUAUUCGUCAAACCAGUCGACCUAUGGGCUCUCACCUUUCCUCAUCUCCAUCUCUCUCGGAUUUUAAAAAAAGAAACUUCUGACAGGUACGGGAGGCGGGUUUGAUUUUCUAAAAAUGCUCUCAUCCUUAAUGUGUUGUCAUCUGGAAAGCAAUUGCGUAUGAUCAAAGUGCGGCUAGUUAGUGCGGUCAAUAUCCUUUCCAGCAAGCUUCUCACAUAUCGAUAACAAGACAGCAGAGCCUCGCGCUGAGCUGCGUUUAGGGCCUCUGGAUCAGCUCUGCUCACCGACAAAGCCGGAUGCACCCCGUGCGUAAAAAACAGCCAGAAACUCAAACAAAUAUUUUAAAGGGCUUUAACAUUAAUACUGAAAAAAUCAGAAAUCCCUCUUGGGGUUUAUGGAAAAUGGGAAAGACACCAACAGGAGGCGAGUUCGAUAAUGUCAUUCAGAAAUAACUGCGCAAAAUACGCGCCAUUUUCCGACAUUGUGGGAGAGUUGGAGUAAUUUCGCUCCUGCUGGCACCUCUUCCUCCCUCUCACUGUGUCCGUUACUGUAUGACAGUAAAGAGUAAAUAAGGUGAUUGAUCUGUGGUCUGUGUGGAGUGGUGGUCCUGCGGGAAAAUAACACAACACACACCCUCCAGGAUCGGCACCUCCAAGUGUCGCCAACGCCUGAGUGUCUUUCAUCAGAUUCCGGAUGAACAUUUUCUCCGCAUAGACUUUGAUUCAUAUCUUUAUUUUUUAACCUUUAAUGAUGAUUAAAAUAAUUUCCUCUAUGUUUCAGUGACGCCCUCGUGCAGUGCGACAGCGGCACUCUCCCCUCCCGUCUCCUCCUCCUCCCCCUCUUGGGUCGGAACCUGCGCAGCAGCGAACAAACGCCAGUCCGAGAGACGGUGAUCGGGCUUCGGCCUCAGGAGCAUCUCUGAGGCGGGGCGACGCGGGAGUCCAGGUGGGUGGAUUUACUCCUCAAGUUCAUCCUAAAUCUGCUUUUCCCACCGUCUCUGUCUUCACUUCACGUCUUUAUGCACGCACACACACACACACACACACACACACACACACACACACACACACACACACACACACACACACACACACACACAAAACUCCAUGUCCUCAGAUCUUUAAAGGUGAAGUCACUUGAGGUCAAAGAGCUUUUCCACCUCAUGUGUUGAUUUGAAGUUCAAGAACACAAUAGAAACUUUAAAACUCAGACUUUUAAUCUAUAAAACCGUACAAUGUGAAAACUUUAACAUCAAAUUAUAAUUCUCAUAGGUGUUGUUGCGUCAAAUCCAAGCUCUGUUGGAUUUUUAUUUGAUUAGCUUUGCAGUCCGAUUAUUUGUUUCUACCUUGUAACACAACUCUGUGAAUAAUCAAAGGUGUCCAAUGCUCCAUGUAAUCGCCUUUGGCCAUUACCGAUCACAUGCAACAUGCUCCUCCAGCCAGCCAAUGUCUGAACGCUUCCUCCGGCCCCUCUGCUCCCCUGCCCUCCCCCCUUAAUUCUUCCUGUCUGAUAUGAGCCCCUCGGCACACCUUAAAAUUUCUGUUUCAUUAUUCAUCAUUCGUUAUAACUGUGUGGUUGCAGACACACUUCUACCUGUUACUCUGCAGGCCUAUAGGGCAAUUGAAGGACUCUUCUGUAUCUCCCUCUCUAUCUCCGACCCUCUGUCCUGCCCCCACCUCCCUCCCUCCCUAUCUCCCCCCCUCCUCUCUCACGCCCCUGUUGUCUCUCGCUGCCACACCUGGUAACUACAAACUUGUACACAAUAAUAACAGCCAGAUGUAUCCAUCUAUCUCUCGAUCUAGCCUGUCGGCAGUUAGUGGAGUGGCUGAGAGACUUGCAGGCGUGAAAGGUCAGUUAAUCAAUGGCGCACAAUUUGACAAAUCCCAGCGACUCUUAUCAUCCUCAUGGGCGUUUAGGGCCGAAAGGAGGACCACCGAGAUAAAUGCUUAAUCCUGACUGCACUGCGAGAAGGAGAGGGAGAGGGAGAGAGAGAAAGAGGGAGAGAGAGGACACGUAGUGGGCAUGCAAAGGUUGUGGAGGGGAGUUGGAGAGAAGUGGAAGACGGAGACGUAGAAGUGGCUCAAAGCAAAACUGGAAGGUGAACAAAUGCAGCUGUAUUUGGAAAUGACAGAUUCUCAGUUUUUUAGACCAAAAAACAGGCGACUUUGUGUCUCUGAUCGAAGCUGCUGCUUCGGGCUGGACAGGCCAUGCUCUCGCCUUCUGGGCUGACAUCAAAAUCCUGGUUUCUGCUCUCAGUUAUGGCUCUGCCGCCGCGUGUAAAGUUGAGAAAAACCCGAGGAAAACAAAGGUGUAUGAGUGGUUGAAUUCUCCUGUGGCAUGUUAGCCCGCCUGCAGCAGUGUGCAACCAAGAGGAAAAUGAGCUUUUGUCCACAAGGCUGGCCCCUUUUUUUUUCUCCUCAGUUUUCUGAACUGCAGGGGUUUUGGAAGGUGGCACAAUUUCUUUGCCCUUAUACCCUUAACAAGAAUCAGCCCAGUAUGACACAGAGGCAGUUUUUUUUCCCUCUUGAACUGUAACACACUUUUCAUCUCCUGCUGUGGCCGCGCUGACAUUAAUUUCAUUAACUGUCAUUGUCAAAAAAGGUGUCACUGCACUGAUUCCUUCAACGUGUGUGUGUGUCUUCUUAAAAGGAAGCGCUUGAGCAGCCACACAAACACACGCUCAUGUCCUUUAUCUCCAUCUCAAUACAAGUUCAGUGUAAUUCAAUUGAGAUUAGUUGCACUGGCAUGACAGCAGAUCCCUAGUAUUGCCAAAGCACUUAGGAGGCAAUGACAGGACCACAUCGACGUGUGCUGACACACACACAACACCCUGCGAGUGGCCAACCUUGCAGAGAAAGAAAGAAAGAGAGAGAGAGAGACAGAGAGAGAGAGACUCGGUGGAGGUGGAGGAGGCAGAGAUGGAGUGACAGCUAAGAGAAAGAGGUUUGGGGGGAAAAUCUCAGGAUGACAAAGUUGGAGGAUGAUAGAAAGUUUUCCGAAAAAGAGUGCGACUAGAAGAGGAGAAAAACGAUGAAGGGACCCGGAUGGCGAGCGGCGCUGAAGCAUGACAGAGUGCGUCCAGAAAGAUGAAAGAAUGAUUGACUCGCAGGGAGAGUGACGGAGGAAGAAUGAGGGGAAAGAAAAAGGCGACAAAGAGAAAAGCAAAAAUAAGAUAAAGAAGGGCGGAGGAAGAAGAAGAGAGAAGAGGCGAGAGGUAAAGGGAGCAAGAGAGGAUAAAAUGUUUAAGAGUGAUGUACGAGAAGAGGGGAGAGGAAGAGAUUUACUAGAAGAGAGAUUAAGUCAAGUUGUCCCCGGUCAGUCAUUAAUCCGAUUUAAGAGCAAUUAAGGUGAGACUGAUUCCUUCCUAGAGAGAAAGAAAUAGAUGGAGAGGGUGAAGAGAGGGGGGAGAAAGAGAGGAGACAGCGGGGGAAAGAAGAAAAGAGUGAUUGAAAGAGAGAAGUGGGAAAAUAAAACAGGUGUACGAGCUCUGAGUGCUGGUUUGUGGACAGACCGGCCGACACAAUGAGAUCCAGAAAAGAUACCUGAGAUUUAACACAAAUGUGAUUAUGUAAGAAAACUCAGAUGAGAGGGGAAUAUCUUUCUUCUUGAAGGAACGAUAGUAGACGUGUUUGUUCAUGCUUUCUUUUCUUAUUCUCUGAAUAACAUUCCUUUUUUUAUCAGACCCCCUGAGACCGGGGUCAUACUGAAGUAACUCCUGACACCGCUGACAGAAGCUUAAUGUAAAAGCAAAGCAACCAGGACCUCCAGUCUGCAUGUGGGACCUCUGCUACCUGCGAGAUUACUCCUCUGAGAGUGGGCAGAAGUUGUAAAAGUUGAGCUUGAGGUGAAAGUGCAGUGGCAGGAAGGAGAAAGAGAGAGACUGAGGGACGCGGCGAAGAAGCUCCUUUACAUGAAAAUGAAAAAAAAAAAGAGAGAGAAGUAAAAGCAGUCCCCCCCACUCCCCCUCUCCCUCCCUCCAACCCCAGCUCGCUGUGCUCUGUUGUUCCAGAUGUGUAUCAGAGGUCCCGGGGUCGACAGAGGGGUCCCUCCACCGCUGUAGCAUUUCUGUGUCUAUUGGGAGAUGCUGGUUGUGAUAGCUCAGCCGUCUGACACGUACACAACAGUGCAUAAAUCAAACACACACAUACGCGCAGUCGCUCCAUUUAUCUCCCACUCAAGCAGCGCGGUGAUAGCAGCCAACUCUGCAUAGAGUCAGGGAGGGAGAGAGAGAGAGAGGUUGUGGUCGGUCUUGUUAAGUGGGGAGCUGUAAAAAGGUUUAUACUUGUGUUGCUGCCAUCUCUAUUGUUCAAGGCCUUUGCCAGUGUCUGUGCCUCUUUGUUUGUUGUGCUCUAGGAGUAUAAAGCGAGCUCGACUGCAUCCAUAAUUGCUGUUUGGGACAACAGUGUGUCAUUAUGAAGCCUGUUAAGGAAAAGAAUGGAGCAAAUUGCAAGCAGAGGUCAUAGAUUUUGUUUUGUAGCAUGUUAUCCCUUUGAAUGGAAAUGUUUUUACAUGAUUUCAUUGACUUGCAUCAAUGUUGAAUACGUGUUUUUUCAAAAGCAGCUCACUAUUAUGGGGAAAAUUACUUAAAACACAUCUCUUUACUUUGCUUCAUUUUUCCCAUCCCGGCUCUUCUCUUAUCAAAAAUCGCUCUAUUUUUUGGUGGCUUUUCCGCGUACCAAUCUGCAGCCCAUCACAAGUCCCAGAUUGAGAGGCCAUUUGGCUGCUGUUGACAGGAGGCAGCAGCUAUUGACAGGGCCCUGCCGGGGAGGCGUGUCUCGGGCCCCGCGUCCAAAGCGUUUGUGGCGUUUAAUACACUGUAGCAGCGGUCCUCGCAGCUCUCACCCUGCGUGCGACUGCCAUAGGGAUCAAUAUGCACUGGGUUAGAGAGAAAUGGACCAUCUGAUGCACACUCAGAAAGGGGGAUGAGGGAGAAGCAGCGAGAGAGAGAAAAACAGCAGGGAGGGUGAGAUUUAAAGGGAAAAAGAGAGGAACGGGCUCGAAAAAAAAGGGGAUAUGGCGAGACCAAAAGGAGGGAAGAAAGGAGAGGAAAUGAUUAGAGGCACGGUUUAAAAGACAUGGAGGCAGAGAGCGGCCCGGCACAAAGAUAGAUCGCAAGUGAGAGAAAGUGGUCAGCGGUUGAAAGAGACAUUCAGCUGGGAGAGAAAACAGAUUGGAGUGAACGGGGAUAGACACUGAAAAAGAGGAAGACUCAAGACACCAGGGAGGAUACACACAGGAAAAGAAAAAAAGACAUAAGGGAAGAGUGGGAGAUAGGGAGAGGAGGGGGUGAGGGGGGGAGCUAGAGGAAAGGAGGGGGGAGAAAAACAGAAAGAGAGAGAGAGGGGUGCAAGAAAGGAUGAGGAGGAAGGGAAGGGAGGGGAGGGGGGUAAAAUUUCCAUCAGGUUUUCAAUUGGGGCGGAUCAAUAGUGUAUUAGAGCUCACCUUGACCCCGUCUCUCCCCCCUUCUCCCCAGCCCUGCACACAGGCCAAGCUACUCUCCCUCACAGCAGGGGACGGAGAGGGGGAGAGAUUGCAUUACGGCCUCCCUUUCUUGGACCAAAGUGGCAGAAAAUGGCACAAUAAAAGCAAGAGCAGACAGAAAGAAAGAGGAAAACUAAGUCGCGGCGGGCAGACACAGAGAAAGUGGGAGACGAGGAGUAAGAGAGAGCAGAGAGAGAGAGACACCAGCGGGGGUCGUCGUGCUUGUUUGGACAGAGAUUUCUGAGAGAGGAAACUGGUUGGGUGGUUGAGUUUGUGCAUGAAGACUUGACUUUAGAGUUUGUAUCAUCGCAACCCUGAAAAGAGGAAAUCGUAACGGAACUAUAUUUUCCUCUUAAAACAUGCAUUCAUACUCAGACAGGUCGAAUACUGCACAAUAUCAAUGCACCCUGCACACGCGGAAGUUUGAGCUCUGCAGAGAAGUGUCCUAUUAUUUCUGCCGCUGCUGCAGGGUCAUAUGGGGUGUAUGAAUUGCUUUAUCUCAUUUUGACUAUUAUCUCAACUCAAGAAAACAAAUAAAAUUUUGAUUGUGUGAUUUUUGACGACUACGAAGAGACACAAUCUAAAACAAUCCAACAAAUCAGAGUACCUGUAACAGUUGUCCAGCAAACCGUCCUUGGACAUUUUUUUGGCGAUUUGCCUUCAUUGAUGGUACAGGGUGUAAUGUAGGGAGAUAAAGAGAGUGGGGGGAGGACAUGCAGCACAUGGUCGGAGCCAGACUCGAAAUCUGCGACUGCUGCGGGGACCGUGGUCCCCAUACAUGGGGCGCGCUAACCCACUCAGCCAUCUGCGCGCCCCUGGACUUUGGGGUGUUUUGAGUUCACGAAUUGAAUAGUCAUUUAACUUCGACUUCAAAUUCGGUCUAACCAUUGAGUCUAAACGUCAGAACACACUCAUGAACAUCUCAAUAUUGCGCACAUUUAUUCAACAUGAGUAAAGAGGAUCACACUGGUUUGACGAUUGUACAUUUCUUUAAUCAGACUCGUCUCCUUUAUAACUGUGCUGUGCUAGGAGAUGCUGUCAUCUGUGCUUGUUUACAUCCGGGUAGUAGAGCAGUGAUGCAGUGCUGCAGCAGCCUCUCACCAGUCUCAGUAUAAGGUGGGCAUUUCAGGCAGUGAUGAUAAGAAUAUUGAUAAUUCAUUGAAACCAAGUAAGUAAUUCUGGUUCAGACUGGUGAGGAUGAUGGCGUUUGAUUGUUUAGUCGACCAAUUGUGCACAUCUUUAGUUGGAAUUUACUUUGUAUUGUGAAACCCUGAUGAUCUUAUUUCAGUUUCUUUUUACUAUUUUAUCCUAAUUUCUAAAAACGUAAGUGAUUAGUCAGCUGGUUGACUUUAUCACACAUAGAGAAGACUGCUAUCGACCAAGGUAGAACAGACCUGAUCUCUCAAUACAUUUGCGUGUUGGUAACCUGACACAGUGUUCUGCUCUUUCGAACCUAUUUCACAGUUUUUUAGCUAAAAAUUUGUCGUUGUGCAUUAAGCUCCGAUCCCUGCUAAAAUGCAAGUGACUACAUUUAACAUGUUUGACUUUUUAACUUUUUUUUUUACCACCCUGCUUGCCGUACAAAGGCUGUGUAGACAUAAUGUAUGUAUAUGACAGUCAUCGGGCUAGACUGAUGUUGACAUGCCAUUUAUUUUUGUUUUUCCAUUGACCUUUGUUUUUUUACUUAGUUGAAUCACACAGCAGAGACAGCAUUGACAGUAUCUUUAAACGGACACUGUGCUGCCAUGUGUCCCCCAUUGGAGAUGGUUGGUGUACACUUACAUGUUGAGCUGGUGGAGCUGGAGUAUGUGCGUAGGCAAUCUAGCUGGUGAGGCAAAAAUACGCAUGCAAGUUACAGCUAAAAUGUUAAUGGUUGGAUCAGUCCACCGCAGAACAGAUCCUUGUGUUGGUUUGAAGCAGACUCUCACUAUUAUAGGAAGUUGACGAGAAAAGUGUUAUAGUUUUCUCUCGCCAUUUUCCCCGCUCUGCUGCUCUGCUAAAAUAUACUACAGAAGUCUGCAUUUACCUACAAAGUUUUUUUGGCCACUUUUUCUUUUUGACAACAAAGAGCUGAUCUAAACUUCACUCCAUUUUAUCAUCUGACCCACAGUAUGUUUAAUCUGUUCAAACAGAGGAGGCGGGCUUUUUGACUUUCGGUGCAGCCGGUCCUAAUAUUUUGGCUUCACAGUCCGUGAACACUUGUGGCAUCCAUUUUUAUAAAUAGAGGCAAAUCGUAAGUUUAAGAUGUGACAAAUGUGAUGUUUUUUGAAUGGUGUAACAUUAACAGUCUUGUAUGUUGACUAUGUUGGAAACAUUUACGACAUUUAAAGUGGUCAUAGCCAAUAUUCUUACAACUAUCCCACUGAGCAUUUUUUGGUCUAAGAGAGGUCUAAUAGACGUGUGAAUGUAGCCUAGAUGACUGGUCUAAAAUCAGGCUACCAAAAAAAUUAAAGUUUUUAGACGUCUAAAUUUAGACCAAGGUUUGAAAAAAUCUAAAUCUGGGCUAUAUCUAUACUACACUAUUGCUCCACAGCUAUCGAAAUUAUUUUGGUUAAGUACUUGGAGAUCAGUUAUGCAAAAUAGUUAUUGAAUAAUGGGUUAAAGUGCAACGUCUAAAUUCUGUCUAAAAAUAUUCAGAAUCUAGACGGUUGAAAUUAGGUCUAAAAACACCUAGAUGUCUAAUAGUUGUCUAUUGCUCAGUGGGAUUUUAACAUACCAAAGCAUGUGCCUGACAUUCAAAGGCUUUUUUUUGCUACAUUUUGGUCUCCACCAGUAUCUUCUCUGUGGUUUCACGUCAUCUCAGAAACAUUUAUUCACCCUAUCAGACUCAAAUGUCGUCUUCUGUUUUUAUAGGUAGUUUUUAGGGUUUAGUGAAAGCUGAAAUGGUCAUUGUUCCUCACCGCAACUUCACCCAGUUCAGUGUCUAAAAUAUCAGCCAACCAUGACAGAUGUCUCAGCAGUUUUGUAGUUUUCUGCUAGAGCAACAAACACUCAACAACUUAGAGAGUCACACUGAAACUCAACACAAACAGAUAGCAAGCACUGACACAGGACAUGAGAGCGGUAGGACACACUUCAUCAGUGGAGGACAGUCAGACAUAAAGCUGUUUGAGGAGGACAGAGGCCGGGGGCAGAGGGAGCGAGUUGAUGGGGGGGAGAGGUUGAAUAAAAAAAAUUGAUCCAGGAAUUUAGCAUUUAGACACAGUUUACAAAGUGAUACAGAGAGGGGAGUCACGGGAGCAGAGGGGACCAUGCGGGGGAGGACACUUAACUUUACAAUAGGUCAGCCCUGCCUAUUUGACUAACUAUAACCCUGACACACAGCCUUGAAUGCUGCACCCCUUAUACACCUCAGAAAAUAAGCAUGAUUCUCAGAUUCUCCUCUCAACGAUCCAUCUUCAGACGAGUGUGUGAUUUAGCUGUUUAGACAGGAGCUUGUUUGUAAAAGCGCAGACCUACUAGCAGCACCAUCCUCAUCUCUUCCCCACAUUUCCUAAUGCUGUUCCUAUUGUCACCCAUCCACACUCCGGUGCACAUGCACACGCCAAGACAACACACAGAAAUGCGCACGCACACACUCAACCUAUGUCAGACGCACACACACAGGGUAACACACAAACUCUGUCCCACUCGCUGAGGGGGAGAAAAGGAAAGAAAAAAGGAGAGAAAAAAGAAAUCGAUCGCCGGGGAUAGCGGUGCGCGUCGGAGAAUCGUAUCUUGUCAAAAUAAUAUAUUACCCUCAUCCCCGCCUGAUCGAUGCGGUGGAUUAGGGACGGAGGGCUCCCUCUCUCCCCUCCUCUCUCUCCCUCUCUUCCUCCUCGGUGCUUGGUGCAGUUUAAUAUUUACCUCCGUGAAAGAGCGGCCGCGACGGCUCUCAGCCCUAAUUGAUUCCGACACAUGGGGCUCUGUGCUCAGGCUGCGGAUGAGGGAGGGAGGGCAGGCUGGAAUGCAGAGGGAGAGAUGAGAAAGGAGGAAAAGAGGGGAAAGAAAGACAAAAGAGAGGAAUGAAAAAUUAAAGAAAGAGGUUCAGAAGGAGGAACAUGGGAAACCGAGGUUUAGAGAGCGGUGUCAGCAGUCAGAUUGUGGGAAAUGUAAUCAAUGCAUGGGCUUGUUUUUGGUAAACAAAGGAAAAAUACAUCAGAAAGAAGACAAAAGCUGCAGCAAGAGAGAAAGGGGCAAAAGGGAGCAGGCCAAGCUGAAAGAAGUGGAUGGAUAAACUUUCCAGGGGUGAUAGAGAGAUAAAAUGACAACCAAAGUGAAAAAAAAAGCUGCAGAGGAAGACCAAAGAGGUCAGAGGAAAUAUAGUUGGAAAAGUGUAGGAUGGAGACAGGAAAGCCCAGAGUGGAGGGAGGAUGGGUUGUAUGUAGCACAAAAAUGGGGGGUAGAGGGAUGAAUGGAAAGGAUAGCAGAGAGGAAAUGAAUCAGGAAGAAUGAAGGAAACAGAAAGGAGUAGGUGGAAAUGGGACAGCACGCGGAAACGGCUCCAGGAGAGCAGGAAGAGAAACGGGGAGGGAUGAGGGGCCAAGGAGAGCAAAUGAGAGGGGAUUAAGAGAGCGACAUGAAGAUGGAUAGAAACAGAGGAGUGAAACAUGACGGCUGGAAUGUAGAGCGCCAAUAAAAAGCGCAAAGAACAGGGAGGGAAAGAAAUAGGGGGGGAUGAUGGAAAAAGAGCGCAGCGCGGAGGUGACAGAAUGAUAUCAGGUGGGAUAGACAGAAAACAGGAGUGAUAGCAGAGCGAGAGGCGGGAGCGCAGAGAGGGACCAUAUUUUCCGUUGAAGGAACUGGCCUGUCAUGCUGUUCCGCCAGCGCAGAGCAGCUCUAUAAAAUACAGGGAGCAGGCGGGUCGUGUCGGGUGACUUAUGUGUAUAUCUAGGCUUUGUCAAUAUUUCUUUCUGUCUUCCUUCCUCGGUGCUCCCCCUAUUGCUCCCUCGCUCCUGUGCUCUCACUCCAAUUCUGCUUCUGCCACCUCUCUAGGUGUGUGUUUGUCCCAGUGAAGAGCUCACUUCUUCAUCUCUCUUUCUGUUUUUUUUUUUCUUUCUUUCUAUCAAGCUUGUGCAGAGACACUUUGGAAGUGGGUUUUUGCCUUUGGACGUUAGCACGACUGUGGCGCAGAGUCUCGAGGCGUCUGCAGGUUUCAACGCCUCAAUGAUUCUCCGUGAUACAAUGCAGACAGGAUGAUGAACCUCCCAGUAAAAUGGCCAUCAUUGACAGAGUGACAAGACAUAUUCUCAUUGCUGUCGGAUUUUAAAGUUUGCGUCUUUCGCUCCACAACAAACAGGCAGAUUUUGAUAUUUCACACCUACUGCAUGUUUGAGUGAAUGCAUCUGUUUGUGCACUCCUCCACUCACGCUUUGCCCCUCUACAGAAGCACCGGGUGGUAUGCUGAUUUAUUCAUGCGGUCCCACUGAGGAUUGCACCUCCUCUUCCUCAUUUGGCAUGGUUUAGUAUCCUGAGCACAGGCCUGCGGAGACCCCGAAUCCAUGGGGGGCCCAGACAUCCUGCAGAUACACUGCACAGGUCUACCACUGGUGGACACUCACAAAUUAGCCUGCUCUCCAUGUCAUGUUUAUUCAUCGAGAAAAACACGUCAAAACUUCUAAGAAAACUUCUCCACGCCAAAUAUGCAAGUUUGGUGCAAAGUUGCUUUUAGUUUUUUUGACUACGUUUUGGUUUUUCUGAUGCUUCAAACACACGAGGGGUUCAAUCGGAGUCAAGGUGGGGCCUCGUGUUGAAAUUUUUAUCGAAGGAAAGAAAACAAAAGGCUUUAGUCUUCCUGAGAAAGAUACUGUCAUUGGAGUAUGAAUCUAUUUCGAGCUGUGAUCACAAGUCCAUGACAACUGACUGUCACUGUGGAAACAGACGGAGGAGAAGGAAAGAUAAGAGACGAAGAAGUUGCACUCGAAUGAAAGAGAACUUAUUUAUUUUUACAGAACAAGCUGAAAAUUUUCAAUCUGUCUCCACGACUUCCUCUGUCUCCCUUCUAUUUUCUCUCUCGCUCUCUCUCUCUUUUUCUCCCUCUGUCGCUGUCUCUCUUCUUUAUUUACACCUCUCCCCUGCUCUCUGCAGUGGCUCAGGGAGCGGUAACAGAAGUGUCACUUGUCAUUAUUGGUCUAAUUCAGUAAUCCGUCAUCGUGCACUCACUGUAUGCAGGGCAUUAUACGCCGGCACAGCAGGUGUACUGCGCGCUGAGGUGGGGAUUCGAUUUGACACGCGCACACAGGCGAGAGGGCUGACGAGGGCCGGGGCAGACGGGUACUGAGUGUGUAUGUGUGUGUGUGAAUGUGCAUUUGCUUGUGUAUUUGUGUGAGAGGGAAAUGGAUAGAGGAGAGAUUGAAUUUCUUGGUGUGUGUGAGUGUGUGUGUGUGUCUGUGCACACACAUGGAUAUAUGACUUCAAUAGAAAUGCUUCAGUCCAAGAGGUGUGUGUAAUAGGAAGAGACAGAGCAGUAUUGAAUAGAGACAAAUUGGCAUUAGAUAUUGUAGAAAAUAAGGACCUGGUCAGAACAGAAGACUCAGUUGUCAUUUUAAAAAGCAUAUUCCCCUCUAAAAGUGAAAGAGCGUGUGUUUGCGCCUGCGUUUCCUGCGUCUUCUUUGUGUUGGAAAUCUUUAUUUUGAAGUCUGGGUGCGACAACUAGUUAACAAGUUUGACAACAUCAACGACAAUAGAGCUGCCAUUCAUUUAAAUGGUGAUAAUAAGUCAGUUCAGUCAUCUCUCAUGUUGUGAGGGGUGAGCGAUCUCUCAUCUUUACUGUGUCUGCUGAGAGUUUUUCAUGCAAAACAGCCACUGGGAUGUGACAGGACAACAAAACUUGGUGUCAGCACAUGCAUCAGCGUCACACUCUUAAACUAAAGAGAAGCCUGUAAAAUUUGCAAAGCAGACCCUGUUUAUGAUGGGAGCAUGUUUGUAAAGCACAAGCAUUUAAAGAGAAGUUAGAUGGACAUCUUAGUAACUGCUACACUCAGCUUAAGAGUCACACUGAUAUUUGUUCCUUUACAUCUUCAGUGUCUCACCUUAGAAACUACUCCCUCAUACACUUCCUCUUGUUUUUAUCCUGAUCAGUUUUUCCCCUUUUUUCACGACUCAUCACUGGAGCAAUCUGUCAUGUUACCAUUAUACAACACAUGAGACAUCUGCCUUACAUGAACACUGGUUAUGUUUGAGCCAAGGCAAAAAUAUGACUUGAUUUCAAAAUUUUAAUAGCUUUUAUUUGAGUUUGAGUUUGAAAGAGUAAUGUUUAAAGUUAAAACUGUUGGCUGAUUAAGAACCCUAGAAGAUAAUUUGUUAGUCAAUCAAUCAUUGAUUGAAGAUUAAUCAACUCUCUAAACAGUUGUUAGUUGUGAUUUAAAGUUCCUCUAAAUAAAUGCAUCUGCCAUAUGUUAUAGUGAGAUCAACAACCAAACAGAUGAGCAAAACUUUGGCUUUCAGGCCUGCAGGUUAAAAAAGAAGCUAUAAAGGACAGUGACUUUCAAUGAUAUCCAUCUUGAUGUUCAUGGCGGGGACACUUUGCACUACAGGUCUGUUUGGCAAGUCACUUUUUCACAACUUUUUUCCCUUAUUAUACCAAAGUUACCUUUAAAGUAAACUGUGUCAUACUACACACCAAAGUAAAUAAACCUUGUUAUCUGUUUGACUGUUUUAACCUUCAUUAUAAGUCUUCUGCUUUUAUAACAGUGCACCACAGGGAUUCAAAAAGUUGUUUUAAGCUUCUUUCAGGGUGUUACAGGUGGUGUAAUUGGCAAGUCAUUAGCAGUCUUCAUUUUAUCCCACAGCGGUUAAAUAGAUAUAAACAUAGAUACAAAUGUGACUUCUUCCUGAUCAGUGGUGAGCUUCUAACUUCUGUAUUCUAAGUUUAAGUUUAAGUUCAGUCUUGGCAUGGUUGGAGUUGGUGUGGGAUGCUGCUGUUGUAUUAACUUGGUGUGCUUCUGUCUUUCUAAUGUAACCCUGAUAUAAUGACUCACAGUGUCUUGUCUGUUAUCGACAAUUCACAUAGUUUAAGACAAACACGUUGAUAGCAUUGUGCAGCCUGCUUUAAACUGUGCACAUUUUAAUUACUCUCGAUCACACUGAGGCACAACUUAAAAUCUAGUCCACUUCAUCACACUGCCAACCACUACUUUCAAAUUUCUCUAUUAUUAACAGGCAUUUAUCCUGCAAUAUAUAGUAUCCUUGUUCCUCCACCAGCAAGGUUGUGUGUUAGGUGUUGUUUUUUUACUUGUAAUCAGAAAUAUAGAAAAAAAUCAAAAACACAUAAUUGAAACAAGUAAGUUUCCUGAAGUCUUUGAUUGGAAUCAGAUCUGACAGCAAAUUUUGACAUAAUCUGAUUCGUUUGAUAAUAAGAUGCUGUAGUCAUGUGAAAUAUUCAUAUACACUGAGCUGAAAUGACGACUCUCCACUGUGACACAGCAAUGAUUUAACAUUAUUUUUAUCGCUUUCUAAAGAAAUCAAGACUAAUAUUUGCAUUUGCAGGUUUGGGAUGUGAUUGGGUGAAGGUUUGUGUGCUUUAAGUGCUUCUCUUCAGGGUACCUUGUGUUUUCAUUGAGCCUGUAUCACCUGUCUUGGUGUUCGCCUGGUUGUUUUAGUAAAAGGUGGGUAGAUCUGUAGCUGCUGUGCUGUAUGACACAUAUCUAUUCACUUAUAGUGUAUUUCUUUGUGUGUCUGUUGUUUCAUACAAACACACUGGCUGCACUUUACUCUCAAAGGUCACGAGUUUAACAAAGCUGAAAAUUUCCUACAUGUCAUGUUAGUGGUAUUGAUUGCAUACAUCAUAGUAAUCUAAAAUAUACGGACCUUUAAAAAAGAUUUGAUAUCAAAAAGGAUGUUUGUACAAUAUCAAUCUCACCUCCCUUAGUGUCCCUGAUGAUGCUGGCUGCAGUGCAUCCUGGGUAGGGUAGUUUUUCUGUCUGAACGAGUGUGCGAGCUGAAGGGUUUGAUCGUGGGUGGAGUUUCCCUAUCUCUCUUUAUCAACGGCAAUUUGUAUGUGAGCGCUCACCUCUGUAGUCCCAGUGGGCAUGGCGGAUUUUAUCAAGUUCUUAACCCCACAAGGCUCCAAAUCCAGUUACCACUGUAAGUGUUUUAAACUGUUAAAACUAUCAAACGCUCCAUGCUGAGUCUUAGACCGCGUACACCCGGACCACAUAUGAAUCUAACCACAUUUACUUUACAGUUUUUUUUUUCUCAUUAAAUUUAUGCUGCACAGAACACCUGUCAUUUCCACCACUUUAUAAAGCUCCAGUUUUAGACUGACUCUGAUGAGAUUUGGAGCUGUUUGUUCGAGUCACAAGUUUUAGCUCUUAUUAUAUUGAUUUUUUUAAACUUUCUCUUUUUAUUGACAAAUAAGCAAAAUAUAAAACACUCAAAUGUGAUACUGCAGUUCACCUUUUCAAAACACUUAAUCAUUACAUUAAAGCUCUAGCGAUGAACUCUCAGUUUGACUCAAUUUUAGCGCCCCUUGUGGACAAAUCAACCUUUGCUUGUUUUGUCCUCUACAGCAGAGGUCCCCAACCCCCGGGCGCUGGACCGGUACUGGUCUGUAGAUCAAUAAGUACUGGGCCGCAAAAAAAAUAACAAUGAUUAAAUAAUUUAUUUUUCUUUUCAUCCGUCCUCGCAGUAUCUUAUUUUGAGAUUUUUGUUAUUGGAACCUCCACGCCCCUGCCCGGUCCUUGGAAAAAGUUUCCUGCAUGAAACUGGUCCCUGCUAUAAAAAAGGUUGGGGACCACUGCGUUAAAGCUCCAGUGAGGAAUUCUCAGUUUGCAUCAAUUUUAGCGCCCCUUGUGGACAAAACAGCCUUUGCUUGUUUUGUCCUCUACCUGUUAGUGUCCUCUGACAGAAUAUCUCAACUUUCUGACUUUUGACAGUGAAAUGUUUAAUUUUACGUGAAUAUUUUGUGCAGUAAUGUCAAAGGCAGGUCAGUUUCUUUAGCUGCUCAGUUGACACCUACAUCCUCAGAUCCAUCUGAGGCAUCAAAAUUUACAUUAUAAAAAACGUUUAUCUUGUUUCUUAUGGUUUUGUUUGCUUUCAUACAUCAUUAAAAGGCAUAGAUCUAAAUUUCAGCAUAUUUCAUUUACAUCAAAAAACUCAUAACAGUAGCUUUAAGUUUAUUUACUAUAAUCCUGAUGACUCAAUUACUAAGUAUUGAUACUCACUGAGCGAUAGAUGGCUAUUAGAUGUCUACUUUUUUUAGACCCAAUUUCAACCGUCUAGAUUCUGUAUAUUUUUAGACUGAAUUUAGACGUUGUACUUUAACCCAUUAUUCGAUAACUAUUUAUUUCAAAAAGCAAUUGUGAGUUUCAUAACUGAUCUCCAAGUACUUAACCAAAAUAAUUAUGAUAGCCGUUGAGCAAUAUACUGUGUAGUAUAGAUAUAGCCCAGAUUUAGACUUAGUCUAAAUUUAGGUGUAAAUCUUUCAGUUUUAGAGCUGUGGUAGCCUGGUCCUAGAACAGUCAUCUAGGCUACAUUUAGACGUCUAUUACACCCUUUUUAGACAAAAAAAAUGCUUAGUGGAUAAUCGUCAAUAAAAGAAACUAUAAUGGUCCAUAUUCAAAGCUUCAAUUCAACAAUAGCUUUAAUUACAUUAUUGCAACCAGUGUAAUAAACUUGUGGGCCUCUAAUGAGACUUUACUGUUACUUUAAAGACCAUUAUGCCCUGAAGGAAAACUUUCAAAGUUUAAAAGAAAGUGAGGGCCAAUUAUUGAGAAGAAAGACUUAAUGAGAGGAGCCUUCAGGCUGACUAAGACAGACCAAACACCAGAAGUGACAGCUUUUUUUUCUCUCAAUUGACUUUUUUUUCUUAUAUCCAGAGCUCAACACAAGCUCUUUAUUCCUCACACUUUGCUUUCAUUUUUUAUGAGCCAAGAAAAGACGCUUUUUCAAACAUGGCGAUAACUGGGUUCUGAAAAAAAACUUCCUGGCAGCCCUUGACAUCAAACUGCACAGUCAGAAAAUUGACCUCAUAACAGUCAUAUUUAACACAGGAUACAUUUAUUCCCACUAAAGUCAUUUUAAGACUAAGCUUCACAAAAAAAGUAUGAAAUAAUAUAUAUUACUUUAGUCUCCCUUCUUCUCUUGGUGUGUAGUUGUAUUCUCUGCUUUGGCCCCCUUUCACUGCCUUGGUCUCAUCUCCUUCACACAAGGACAAAUGGGUAAGUCACAAAGUUUACCCUCCUUGAAAAUCAGUGACCUAAUUUUGUUGCAUUAUAGGCUACAUACAGACAUAACCACAUUAGGAAAAACUGACCGCAAACAUUAGCUCAUUAAUUGAUUCUGCAGUCCAGAAAGAGAAGAUCAAGUAUUGAUUUUAUUGCGGUUGCCUGCCUGAUUAUGAUCUCCUCGACUGGGGGUUUAUUUUCCAUUAUAUGAUCACAGGCGGUCAAUACUGAUCAAAAUAAUCCCCCCUCUCUAUACUCUCUUCCUUUAAAGUGCCCACUCUAAACCUAUAGGCCUUUAUCAUAUGCUUUAUUAAUAAUCCGAACCUAUUGAUCCAUAUACACUUAAGGCUGCUUUGGCUGCGUUUAAAGGGUUUAUGUGCAAUACAAAGUCAUGGUGAAAUACAUUUUCCCUUUGGAUCAGUGGGUUAGACAUGAGAGUAAUUAUGGGGUUAAUAAAAAACAUUAUUAGGGAGAAAAAGUAAAGGGAGAGGAAAGAGUUGGGGGGUGAAAAAAGGAGGAGGAGGUGAAGGAGGAGGUAGAAGAAGCAGAAGGAAGGAAAGUGUUUGAAUUAUUAUCCUGUAUAUGCCUGAGUGGACACGAGACAGAGAGCACGAGGGAGGAGGCAGGGUGCCUGAGUUGUUGAAGAAGAAAAAGAUGAGAGGUGAGCCUGAAGGUGGGGAGGAGAGAGAGAGAGAGAAAGAAAGAGAAGGGAAGAAGGGUGAUGAUGAAUGGAUGGGGAACAGGGAUGAGAGACGCAGCAGCAUGAAAAGGCUGUAGGUAUACGGGCUAUACGGCGCGCGGUCCCGCUCCGAGGAUGAUGAAACGUUAAUUAAAGUAAACGAGCUACCUGAGCUCCCCGGCUAACCCCCCUGUCACACCCUGUCAGGAGACAGAGAGACGGUGGGAGGAGGAGGAGGAAAGAGAAGGGGGGCAUCUGAACUAUAGAGAGAAGUUGGGUAAUCCAGCUGUGGCUUUGGUUCAAGGUUAAUUUCUGUCACUUUUACGCACAGUUUUUGCGCAUGGUGGCCUCCGAAUGUGCGGGACACUUUAGUGCUCAAACUUUGUUUUUGUAGAAGGUUAUGCUUUCAUCAAUAUGUGUUGUCGAAGUUUGAGUUUUUAUUUAACUUUCAGGUUGUUUUUGCUGCAGAGAUCUCCUCAUUCGUUUAAGGGACAACAACCUCAAGAAGCAGUGCAUGAUUUUAGUUCAAUGAAAUCUAUCAGAAGCAGAGGUUGCACUAACAUGCAUCCAUUAUUUUAUGCAGGGGAAAGUAAGGCCCUUAUUUUUCAAUCCCCAUCCUUUUUCCUCUAUAUGCAUGUCCCCUCUCUGUGUAUAAAAUCCUUACUUCCCGUUCAGUCCACACAGAACGUUCAAGCGCCAAGAUCACCUUUGUUUCUUUUUUUAAUGCUCAUAUUCAUUCAAUUAAUCUGGGCUCUAAUUCGUUUAUAUAUUUAUUUACUCGCUCUCGCUAUCACUCUCUCCCUUUUUUUCAUCUCUCUCCAACGAUUAUCCCGGCGUCUAAUUAGAAAUCGAUGCAGCUGGGCCGCCGGGUAUUUGCAAUGUGUUUGUGGACGUUGAGAACAAUUCCCCGGACAGAAAAGACCGAGAGAAGAAAGAGAGAGGAAGAGGAAACGGCAACACAACACAACACUGCACUGCACUAUAUAUGCACACACGCACACACACUGACAACCGACUUUACUGCUCGCAGCUAUUCUUCUUUCUAAAAAGCAGCAGGCUAAGAGAAAAAAAGGAAGAAUGGAAGGAAAGGAAAAAUGAAAGGAAAAACAUUUUUUAACGACUGACGCUUGGGAUUUAUGCAGAAUUGUUGAGGAGUGUUUCCCUGUCUUUUAGGAAAACAAACAAAUCUCGGAGUGGAAGAGCACUUUAUAUGUGCGAUGGCCUGUUUCUAACCCCAGCCUGCACUUUAGUGCGUAAAAGUCCAAGGAGCCAUUUCAGCUCAAAGUUAUGACAAUGGACUUGUAGGCCAAGAAGAAAAUAGACCUUGGUUUAAAUUAAAUGUGAAUAAUCCUUGCGUAAUUUUAGUCCAAAUAGUGCGUUUUAUUCUGAGGGAAUAUUCUGCAAACUGACGCGUAAAAGACGAAGAAUAAUUUUUCUCGUUUUUAGUCCCAAAAAAGUAACAUUAACUUCUGUUUGUUUGAUGGUUAAACACUUUUAAAACAUUUUUUUGAAUGUCAAUUUGAAUGUCUUCUUUUUACAAUAUCGUGAAUAUAAUCUAGAUAGUCUAUAUCUAUCUUAAUUUUGAGGCCUAAUGUGAAAGUAGCAAGGUCAGGGAGUUUUUGGGUGAGAAGAAAUCAUGUGGUUGCGCACAAAUAUCAUCAUCUCCUUUUUUUUCUUCUUCAACUACUACUACUUUUUCGUCCUUUUCUUCUUCAACUACGACUACUUUGUCUUCUUCUUCCUCCGCCGGUGUUUGUCUGUUGUUCACACCGAGUCUGAGUCGCCUCCUCCCCGCCGCGUCCCAUGGAGACGAGUCGGCAUAGAAGCGGGUUAGCGUCAUUACCGGAGCCAAUCGAAGCUAACCGGAUUAGCAGCUGCCAGCUGAAAAAAAAGAGAGGGAGAGAAGAGAGAGUGUUUCAACCAAGUGAAGAAAAAAAAUAAAUGUAAGGAAUGAGAGCCCCGCACUUUUAUUAGUUCAGCUUUUAUAGCGCGGUGUGUUUACCGUCUGUGCUCAGCGUUUUAUUGGCUCGCUCCAUAAUCUGUUUUUCACACGUUGUUUCUCCCUGUUCUCUGUGUUCAUCAUCCCAAACGAGAUGCAUCUCUCUCUCUCUCUCUCUCUCUCUCUCUCUCUCUCUCUCUCGCUCUCUCUCUCUCUCUCUCUCUCUCUCACCAGUCAGGAAGUGUCAUAAAGGGAAAUACAGUGUUGGAGUGUCACCCUCCUCUGCAUGAUGAGGAAAACUGAAUAACUUGCCUUUUCUCGUUGUUGCUUCACAUUUCGUCAACCCCUGUGAUGCUUUGCUUGUGCCAAAACCAUCAGUCUGGACUCCCUCUGUCUGUGUGUGUGAGUGUGUGUGUAUAAGUGUGUGUGUGUGUGUAGCUUGCAUGUAAGUGUGUGUCUUUGUUGCUGCGUGCACAAAGUCAUAUGUGAGCCUCCAUCCUUGCAUUCUCUGUCAGUCUGUCUUUCCAUCUUGCACGCUCAUUAAACGUCCCUCACACAUAUACACACAAACACACUCACACUGACUCUCCCUCUCUCUCUCUCUCUCUCUCUCUCUUUCUGAGUCUCUCUCCCUCUCCUUCUUCUUCUUCCUCCGCGCCUCACGCUCCCCUUGCCCGUGGCUAUAUGAUCGUGAAAAAUGUGUUUACAAAACUCGCUCUCUCGCAGAUCAAACCAUACGGACGAAUCAAAGACUUUGGUGAGAGGAGAGAGAGGCAGAGAAGAAGCCAGUGAAGAGAGAGAGAUAGAGAAAGGGUGCGAGCAGAGGGUGUGUAGAGGCCUUAUAAUUUUAAAAUUCUCUAUGUGUUAUUCUCCUUUUUCUCUCCCUUCUUGUGUGUUUGUGUGUGUGUGGAUGUCUGCCUGUAUCUCCUUUGGUAAUACAAUAUCUUUAAGGCCCCCAAAACAACUAUCUGUGUCUCACAGUUAAACAUGAGAUAAUGCAAUAUUGAUGUCUCCUCGUCUUUGCUAUAACGCAAUCCUAGGCCCAUUCUGGCUGGACACACUAACAUGGGCUGAGAGUGCCCUCGCACUUAAAAGAAUUACUGUGAUCCUGCAAUAAAUUUUAGAGGGAUGCUACACAAAUAUUAAGUCCCCGAAGGACUACAGUGAAAGCAUAAGAUGAAAAUACUCCUGAAGUGGCAUUAGGUUGCCUGUAGAGUGGGUAGUCUGCGCAAGAAGAAGUCGAAAUUAGAUGGGAUGAUUAUUGCCUUGGCGGAGACUGAUGGGUUUGGAAACCUUAGGAAGCAUCUGAAACAAGAACGGGAUUUACUAGCCAGGAGUAACGGUCAGAAAUAUCCGAUAAACUCAAUCAUUAACCAACAAAUUAAACCUAAAAAAGAGACCAUUAAAAAAAAAAAACUAUUUAUAUACUCCUAAAAGGUGAUACACCUGCUUUUAUGACGCUAAAAGUUGUCAAAUAUGCAAUAAUUCUGAAAUCUCAAUCCACAGGUUUAAAAAAGUGUAAUUGGAGUUAAAAUCUUUACGUCUUUUUUAUGAGAAAAGACAAAAAUAAGUGACAACAAGCACCUCCCUUUGACAGAAACUAAAUGAUUACUGUACGAGAGGAGAAAGUGUCCAAAAUAAUCAUGAAACGACAGGACAGAGAGACACACAGUGGGACACAGGAGGGGAGGAUGAGGAGUGUCAGUCUGUAGCUGAAGAAGAGGGUAAAGGGUGAGGAGAGGAGGGAGAGAGGGGCGGGAGUGGGGGGGCAGACAGACAGGCAGGGGCAGCGAUUAUAGCAGGGUUUAUGUAUGAGCUAUUGAUUGAGUCGGUGGUGACUUCUUGAGUGGUUAAUUCGGGAAGUGAGAGCGAUAGAGAGAGUAACUCACUGACCAGAGAUGGGAGGAAGGGGAGGGGGUGAAAAGGGGGUGAGAGGAUAAAGAGGAGAGAUUGAGAGAGUGCAAAGAGGACGAGGGAGGAGAUAAAGCUGCGUUUCUACUGGAAAACUGGGAAACAAUGAAAAUUUGAAAAGGAGCUGUACUGUAGAUGAACUGGAGUAACUUUUGAGUGCUUUUGUUUGCUGAAAUGUGUUUAAUGUGCUUAUUGACGGGGUCUCACAGACACUGCUGCUGUCAAUACGAGACCACUCCCAUCGCUGAGACCUUCGCCUGCACAAAAAAGGGACUAAACACACUUCAAAACAAGGACAUUUUUUUGUGGGGUUUAAUUUAUGAAAUAUCGAGUCUAGUUACAGAUUGAAAAUGUUUCAUUUUUUGACACAGGAUUAAAUGUUUGAUAUCAUAUACAGGUUAUAUUACGAAGACCUCAUAAACAGGGGCCAGGGGCGUCCAUAGGUUGUCCAGGGGUGACUUGCCCCUCUUUGAGAAUCUGAUUGGCCACUCUAAGUUGUCACAACAGAACCCUCAACUAUGAUUGGCUGUUUUCAUUGUGAAAGGCAAGUUUAGGCUAUGCUGUAACAGGCUGCUAGAUUUUCUUUGUGCGGAAGUGUACUAAUAUAUUUUUUUGAUGCUUAAAAUAGAAAAAUAUUUAACAUAUAUUACAUCAACAGACGAUGUGACGAACAAUUUUCUUCUGAUUAAUGUAUUUUCGGUGGUGUGACUGUCCAGUUGUCUACCUCAAUUUUCUGAGACUGUUACUCUUUUACAACUUUUUUUUGAAACUGACAAAAACCGAGACACAUUUUAAUAAGAUUAAUUUUUGAUUAUACAAAUCUGUGAUAAACUACUCAAUCAUAAAUCUUUCACCAUCAUAGAUAUAUACCGGAAUAUCUGUCUGACCUUGUUAAACUGCGCCAGCCCUCCAGAGCCCUGAGGUCAGCCAAUCAGGUGAUUUUAGACGUUUCUCGAUCCUUUUUAACAUCUAGGGGAGAUCGAGUAUUUUCUGUCGUGGCUCCCACUUUGUGGAACGCUUUACCCCUGACAGAGCGCACUGCUAACAACCUCACUUCUGAAGAUGCACCUGUUCACUUUAGCUUUUGGGAGAAUAUAGCUACUUUUAUUGGGUAUUUUAUUUUUUUGCUGUUUAUCUAUAUUGUUGUUUUAUGUUUUUAUAUGUUUAAUAGUUUUUAUAGUUUUUAAUGUCUGGCUAUUUUACUGUAAAGCACUUUGGUAGGCCACUGGCUGUUUUUAAAUGUACUAUAUAAAUAAAGCUGACAUCGACAUUGACAUACCUGUAUGACACUUGACUGUGUGAAGUCAAAGUAGAUAUGAUGAAAGGAGUUAGGUAGCAGUGUUGUUUUCAUUGACGAUGACGUCAUCGUCAAUGAAAACAACCCUGGUGUGUGUGUGUGUGUGUGUGUGUGUGUGUGUGUGUGUGUGUGUGUGUGUGUGUGUGUGUGUUGGAGGAGCACAGCGGGCUAAUGACAGCUGUCAGAGUGGACUGAAGCUGCUCCUAUAUGUUUAGCUUUUGACGAAAUGCUCAUGAAUUUUGCAACUCUGUUCGUCAUCCACCGCUAACGUUUUCGUCUAGUCUCGUCUCGUCAAUGUAAACGCACAUUCGUCUCGUCACAUUUUAGUCAUCUAAGACUAAUGUUUAGCUUGUCAACGUCACGAAAAUAUUUUCGUCAAUGAAAACAACACUGGUAGAUAGACAUUUUAAAGCUUUUAUCUUAUGUGUGCACUCAUACUUCAUGCCCCCCUCUGCUCCAGUGGGGUCCCCCCCAGUCACACACUUUGGACACGCCCCUGCUUAAAUACUCUGACACUCUGGCUUUCAUCAGAACUGUAGUUUAUAUAAUUUCAAAACGGAACUGUUGUUGGUAAAUGUGCUUUCACGUCUUAAAAAUGUCACCUUAACUGUUUUUAAACAGCUCUUUCACCUCCUCACACACAUACACACACACACCUUUCUUCUCGCUCUAUAGGCGUGAAGUUGAGCCCAUAGGACACUCAUCUGCUCCAUGGAAACAACAGAUGGUUUCCUUGUUCUGACUGUGUCACCUUGUCUGAGGAAGUUAAAAUCAAGAGCAACAACUUGGACAAGGAGGUGGUUCGCGCACGUGCACGUGGGGGGUAAGGCGUUUUUCGCGGCGCGAGGAUUGAGUAGGAUGGAGGAGUAUCUUUGUCAUGUGGAGAUCGGUGGAUUUCCAAAUGUCUGCGGCGCAUAUUCAUCAGUAUUUUCGUUAUCAAUUCGUCUCUCAUCUAGGUUUUUUUUUUUUUUUUUUUUGCUGGUAGGAUAUCCUGCAGUCAAAUUCCUAAAAGCCGCGCGCGUGCGUAGGCUACGUGUGUUUGGCGUGAAUGUGUGUGUGAGAGUGUGUGUGUGUGUGUGUGUGUGUGUAAAGGUCAGCUCGCCGGCGCAGUUUCUUUUCCUAUUUCUCUUCCCUCUCGCGCAGGUUUUGAUCUCUCAGCCGCGAGAUCAAAGGCGCUCUCUGGCUAUUAGUCAGCGCGAGCCAUUGAUCCCUCAUCGAUCCACGCGAGACACAGCCGCCCCGUGAACACCGCGCGAGGCUCCCCAAAGCUCCUCCCGCGCGUCCGGAGAGAUGGAGAGAGAGAGAGAUAGAGAGAGAAAGAGAGAGAGAGCAGGAGUGAAGGCAAAAGGAGGGAGUUUGAGCAAUGUGUGUGUGCGUGCGUGUGUGUGUGUUUUUCUACUGGCGCGGGCAGAGCCAAACUGGAGCUUUUUCUUUGCCGCGGGACAUGAAACAAUGAGGCUCGAGCCGGUUUUAAUAAAACGCGCUUUCCCUCCUUUCAACUCUGGCGCGAGGCGGACGAGCCGGCAGCGGAGAGCGAUCGAUAAUUAAUGACGAUGAAUAAUUUAACCCUAUCGAUUGAUACUUUUUUCUUCAUCCCUUUUCCCCUUCUUUUCCUUAUUUUCUUAAGGCCAGCGUACCAUACCAUACUAAUACUGUUUCACGCGCUCACAUCCUCAUCUCCACUCACCUCGUCUUAAACUUGUUGGAGUUCUCCACCUUUCAUCAAAGUCUGAAAAAAACAAGCUUUCUUAUUUAUCAGCAGCUAUAAUGUCCAAAUUCAUAACCUCACUGAACUUCACCUCACUGUCAGGGUCCUUAAAUCUCUCUUCCUGAGUGACACUAGAGACUUUACAGGAUUUUGUUUUCUCCUAAAUUCAUGUCCUCAAAUUUAUUGAAAUACAAACAAAAAGAGAACACGUAUUUCUCCUACCUUUUUAGACCAUAAAUGCUCAUUUGAGUAAAACUGCAUAUUAAUCAAAUCGUUGAAAAUUGUCCUUAGUAGAUGCACAAUUUGUCCUAUAGUUUGGGAUACAUGUGCUGCUUUCAGAUACACAAGAGGUAGUCAAAAAGUACUUAAUAAAUUCAUGAUUAUACAUUUUAAACAUGCAUUGGUUGUAAUUUUCCGCACAAAUAAUAUGUAUUAAGGUCUUGUAGAGUGGUAAAGCCAGUUCAACAUUGUCAUUUUACCUUCAUAGGUUGUGUUGUCAAAAAUAAAACAACAUGCGUUAUUAGUAGAAGGUCUGUUAUUGCCUCAUUUUGAUUUUUCCACAAAAUGAAGUUUUUAAAUUUUUCCUACAAUUUGUUAUAGUGUGUUUAGCAUCUUCAGUCACAGGCUUCAUAAACAUAAGUUGUGCUAUGGCUAGGUUUAUUUAUUUAUUAUCUGUUAGAGUGAUAUUUUCUGAGUCUGUAUCACCCUCUUCUUACUUUAAGCUUACAACUACAGCUCUCAGCUACACAAGAGAUAGUCAAAAAGUACUUCAAUAAAUUCAUGAUUAUACAUUUUUAUCAUGUAUUGUUUGCAAUUUUCCGCCCAAAUUACGUGUACUUGUUGGCACAUAGUCGAGUGGUGAAUCCACUUUAAUGUUGUCAUUUCACCUUUCGUAAGUUGUUUUGCCAAAAAUAAAACAACAUGCCUUAUAUUUUAGUCGGAGGUCUGUUAUUGCCUCAUUUUGAUUUUUCCACAAAAUGAGGUUUAAAAUUUUCUUACAAUUCGUCAGUGUGUGUUUAGCAACUUCAGUCACAGGCUUCAUAAACAUAAGUUGUACUAUGACUAGUUUGCUUCUGCAUUGAUUUUAAACUUCUUUUAAUCGUUUUUAAAGCCCUCAGUGGUCUUGCCCCCUCCUUACCUGUCCAAGCCCCUGUAUCACCACUCCCCAGCCAGAGCCUUUAGGUCCCCUGGCCAGUUACUGUUGAGGGUCCCGAAAACCAGACUCAAGUCUAGAGGUGACAGGGCCUUUUCAGCGGUCGCCCCUAGACUGUGGAACAGUUUACCUGUCCAUAUUAGAGCCUCUCAGACCUUAGGGUCUUUUAAAUAAUCUUUUAAGACCCCCCUUUUCUCCCUUGCUUUUAAUAAAUAAUCACACAGGAAUCAGAGGCACUGUAGCUUUUAUUCUUUUACUGUCUGUCUUUUAUUCUACUGUUUUUAAAUUUAAUUUUUAUUGUCAUCUAUCUAUUUCUUUACUUCUUUUAUUCAUCCCAUGUGCAGCACUUUGUUUGACUGCUGUCUUUUAAAGGUGCUUUAUAAAUAAAGAUCGACUUGACUUGACUAGGUUUAUUUAUUAUCUGUAACAAUGAUAUUUUCUCAUUCUGUACUAUACUUUCUCCUUAUUAUCCUUUCCUUACUUUAAGUUCAUUUUAAGUUCAUAACCAUGGUGCCUGUGUUAGCCAAUACAUUCAGUUUAUAUGUCGAGCUUGAUUUUACUUAACAGCGAUCACUUUAUGGUGAAACGUGGCAUUAAACUAAAAAGUUUUUGGUGUGACUAAAUAGGAAUACACUGCUCUGUUUCUGUCUGGUGAUAUGUCUUGCUCAUCUCUCAGAGUGAGGGGUUUAGGAUCAGCUUUGCCCCUUCAAGUGUGGAGUAAUGGCUGCUCUGUGGGAGCACAGAGAAAGUCAAAGAGGCUCUUGUAACUGCACAUCUUUUUCAAUACGCUGACAGUAAUACACACUUCUCGUUCCUGUUGGUUUUGACAUUACAUUAUAGUUUGAAGAAAAGUGAAAACAGCAAAAUAAGCAGAAACAAAUUCAUUAUUUUUCUAUGUAUUGUAAGCAGCAUUCGACUCUUGAAUUUCACCACUUUAUGGAUGAUUUACAGUAAAUAAAAACUUUGAUUUAAAUGCCAUAUUUCACAACAAGUGACCACCAUAUUUUGAGAGACAUUUGCACAAAUCAGUUAUCUUCAAGAGCGAGUAAUAGGUUAAAUUUGAGCUGAGUUUUUUGGGGGUUUGAGGUUAAGACAUGGUUGCACAGAUGGGAGGUAACAUGGUUGGGUUACACGUAUAUGUAAGCUGUAUGUUUUGACAUAUAAGUGAUAUAUCGUCUAUUAUUAUUUCUUAAGAGGCACUGAAGGAGUUUUAUCAAAAUACAGCUAAGAAAUCAAGUUAAAUCAAAUAAUGUAGAUGGCACUGCAGUAGUAAAAAUUCAUUCAGUUUUAACUUUUCUUUUAAUAUUUGGAUGGACAGGUCCUUUUCCCUCUUCCUGACCAGCCCCCACCUCCUCCUCCUCCUCCUCCUUUGCUCCUUUCUCUCUCCCCUCCUCAUUUCUCCUUCUCUCCGUCUCCUCUAACAAACCCAUCGCAGAGUCCCUCUGUUCUUCCACCCUGAGGCUGACCAGUGUGUCAGAGCUAACCAGGGAGAGGAACAGAGAGAGAGGGAGAGACAGAAAAAAGCAAGAGAGAGGCAAGUAAAGAGAAAGGGAGAGAGAGAGGGUUCAGUCGGGCCUUUUUCAGGGGCAACCGAAAAAAGGAAGAUGAGACAGAUGUACUGAGCCCGUUUCAUCUGGUGGAAAAGAAAGCGGGAGAGGCCAGACUCUUCAUGCCUCUCAUAUUUUUCUAUCUUUUUAUAUCGUGACCCAUCACUCUUUCCUUCUUUAGACAACACUGGAGACAUAAUGUUGCCUGAAUGUCAACCUGCCCCCCCUUCCUCCCUCUACCCCAGUCACUCUGCUGAAUUUCAAAACACAGUCGGUACUACGCUGUGUUCCUCACACUGUUUCCUCCUCACUCCCGUCAUGGCCUACUAACCCCGGUUCUGCUGAAGGGGCCUGGUCCAAAAGAUUACCAGCCUCGUUGCAAACUUGCAUCACUGUGGAUCAGUCAGUCGUGUUUGAGAUGAUUUUAUAAUCCAAAUACACCUGAAACCACCCAAAUCUAACUCUGCACUUUUUGAAAUAUGCUUUUUAUUCUUUUUGGACCCUUCGGCCUCAACAUUGCCACAAGAUAUUAGCUCACCCUCAUUAUGAGCACACUAAAUAAGACUUUAUUCCUUUCUACCAGUGCUGUUAUCCCAGUUAGCCAAGUUCAGGUGAAGUUAAAUAAUCCAAAUAACACUAUUAAAAAUCAGACUCAAACUGUAUUACUGAAGUACAUUUUAAAAUAGAAUUUCACUGGGACAAAGAGAUGAUAAAUGAUGCAUUUAAGAAAAGGAAGAAUAAUAACAAAACAAAAUUUGGUAACACUUUACUUGACACCUAUCUCUUUAAUGCACCAUAAAUAUAUGUGUAAUGUGUUAUAAUCAUGUUAUAGCACUGUAUAACUAUAGUAAUAAACACUGAUAGCUGAUCAUAAUGCUUUAUGGCAAUAAUCAUAACACAUUAUAAAGCAUUUUAUCAUGACUUACAAGGUCAGGUAUUAUAAUGUGUUAUAAUUUGCUUAUAAACUUGUAUAGCUAUCAUUAUAUUAUCAUUAUAAACACUCAUUAAUUAUAAGAAAGCUUUAUAACAAUAAGCAUAACACAUUAUAAUACCUAUUUUAAUGCAUUUUACAUUUAUUUAUAAUGCAUUAUAGAGAGGCAUCUAGUAAAGUGUUACCCAAAAUUAUAAAAGAUAGGUCGAUAGUUGAGUAAGCUGCUUUCAUUAAAACUUUUAUGGUUUAAAUUCACAGAAAAAAAAACUCUGCAGUUCUUCACAACUCAACUAAAACUUUAAGCUCCUUUCUGCUCCUUGUUUGGUUUUACAGUCUAGAUCAUAUGCUGGAUAAAAAAGGCGAGCGAAACAACAGCUCCCCAAAAGUAAAACCAGAAAAUUUAAAGCCCACCCAGUGACUAGCUCCUGCAGAGACCAUAAAACUUCCUUCUACAUCGUAACAGAUGCUACAGGAGUCAAACAGUGAGCACCGAAGAUGUGGCUCUUGCCUUGGUGGAAAUUUGCGGUGGGACCAAAUAAAUCAUCUCCUUUACUUUGAUCAAGACAUGAUAGCACAAACAUUGACUCCUGUUCAUGCACUUUCGAACUUGCAAAGUUCAGGUUGUGUUGUUUCAGUAUCGGUUUUAAGUCCAAAAUCUGUCAAAAUUCCUUGCAAUUCCUUAAAUUAGUUAAUGCUAUAAAGAGACAAUGUGAUAUAAUGAUUGACAGCUCAGUUGAUGCUAACAGAUCAGAGACAGAACAGUGAGAGCUUUGGUAAAGAAAAGAGGUGGGAUGUCAGAACUGCUGCUGCUCCACCAGCCAGAUCAUGUCUCGGCUCCAAAACCCGUCACCAGUGUAAGAGGUGUUUUUAUUUUGUGCUUUGUUAUUUCAUAAUGUGAAAAAAUCGAGGCAUACUGUCCACAUCUACACGAUCAUUGGUCUUUACUUGGUUUUGUUUCGCUCUCACAAGUGUCUUCUUCAGAUACGACAUUGUGAAACUUACUGUACAUCACCGGCCUGAAAACAAACUACAGACUUCAAGCUUCAGUAAACAGUUUGUGAUGAAUGUUGAUCAUUUUUGUUGCUGAAUAGCCCGUUGAAGUGGGUGAAUAUUGGACUUACGCUGACCAAAAAGCGAGGAACCAGACUCUGAGUGAAUGCCAAUGCGGCUCCUGUGUCUGCUGGACGUGUAAAUAAGAAACUCUGAGCCAACAGGUCCACCAUAUGAACUUGUUGGAUGUUAUUUCAGAAUUGUGUUUACAGCUUGUUUCUGUUGCUCCCAAAUGUGAUGUAGCUGCAAAAAUGAUUUGGCCUUUUUGAGACUUUUCUGGAGAGUUGUUUGAAAGUUUAAAAACAGUAACAGCAAAAAGCACUUCUCGGUUUUCGCCCCGGUGUUAGUGCACGGGUUCUUGCAUCAUUGUGUUGUCGCUAAAACCUGCGCGCUCUUUCAAGUGUUUACCGAGUUAUCAAAGCCGGUGACUCAUCAACACACCAGAGGACGAGCAGUAGGUGCGUGCGUUUGCUAAAUCCGGCGUAGGCUCAGAUGCAUGUGCGAGACCAAAGCUGAGAUUUCCUUUGAACAGUGAGGGCGCUUUUGUCGAGGUGUGACUGUGCGCGCUAACUCUGCGCCCCUGUUGUGUGCUUUCACCAUUGUCGCUGCUAACUGUGUGAUCCAUCAUUCAUCCUUGGUUUCAUUGGUGGCCUUUUGUAGGAACCAGGUCUUUUGUUUGGACUGUUGUGUCCGGAGUUGCUCUUUAAGAAUAAAAUGCAUUUGGGUUUUUUUUUUUUUUUUGUCUGUUCUCAUCUCUGUGUGCUAUCAGCACCAAAGCAUCUUUAGUAAACAAAGUGCAUUCUGUCUUUCAGCUCAGUGAGAUGUGUGUUAGUGUGUCUCUAUUGAUUGAGUCAAUAUCUAUGGGCUCCAUGUCUUAUUCUGUGUGCUGCUGCCCGCUCUGUGUGUGUGUUUGUGUGCGCUGGGUACCUGAAUACCUGUGUAUUUGUGCUAUAUCUGCUGAAGACUGUGUGUUCACUGUGCAUGUACGAUCCAUUACAAUCUGUGAGCGUCUGUAUCUGACAGCCUGUGUGUGUCAGAGUGUGUGUGCGUGUGUGUACGAGGAACAGUAUUCCCUGGGCUGCUAGUUAUAAUGUUUCUGGGGGUGAUGGGGGGAACUUGAAAGCCCUGCGCUGCCCAAAUCAAAACUAACAAGGAAAUGAUGGGGGCUCCUUUAUCUCCUCUCUGGCCUGGGGGGCCGAGGGGGGCGAGAACGAGAGACUAGGGAGGGAGAGAGGGAAGGAUGAGGAGGAGGAGGAAAGGGAGGGAGGGAGAGAGUGAGGGAAGGGAGGAGGAGGGGGGCAGCCUGGCUUCCUCUUUGAUUUGUAAAAAAUGCAUUACCUCCGAAAUCAAACGGAAAAUUACUGCGCCGAAGCAAAACACACAGAGCAGGAGAGAGAGAGAGAGAGAGAGAGGAGAGGAGAGGAGAGGAGAUGGGUGGGGUAGGAGACAGGGAGGAAGAAAGGGUGGGUGAGGAGACAGAGGAUAGGUGCGAGCGAGUGGAAAGAAGGUGGGAAAGAGGAAAGAAGGAUUCACCUGUAUACAUAUAGAGUGGAUUGGGAUAAAGAAGAUGGAUAUAGAUAUAGGCGGUGCGUAGGUGGUUUGAGAGGUAACUGGAGAAACCCUGACAGAAAGGAGAGCGCAUGUAUCCGAUCCUCAGAGGAGAUAAGUGUAUAUAUGCUGAGAGCCUUGAGAAUAUGGCAAAUGAAAGAGCUGAUAUACUACAGAUGACCUGUAGCCCACAGGAAAGAGGAAACUUACAGAUUACUACCCCGAACAAAAAGAGCACCACGUUUUUGAAAGACUCAAAGCGGUCUCUGCUGAGGCCUUUGGUCGGUGUGAGUUUGGAAAACCUAGUGAAUACAAAAUAAUUUGUGGAAAAAUCCUGCGUGGAAUUACGCUUUUAUUUUGAAGAGGUUACUCCAACUGUUGUUCGAACCCUGUGAUAACUUCGGCUCAUUACGAGAUAGCGAGUGUAGGCAGAGGCAGAUGAGAAAAAUAAGAAAUGAUAACGUGAAUGAUGCGGGGGGGAAAAAAGCGUGUGAACAAGAUAGGAUGAAUGCCAACUUCAUAUCUGAAGACUAGAAAACAAGGAAGAUGAAGAAAGAGGGAGCGGAGAGUGAGAGGAGCCACAAUCCAAAGGCUAGAAAAGGGUGAGAGUGAGCGAGAGAAAGAGAGAGUCAGUCAGAGAGAGUGAGAGAAAGAAAGAGAGAGAGGGAGAGAAAUGCCUGGAGUUAGCAAUAAUAAUUUAUACAAACACACCUUAAUAAUUCACGUUCUAUUUCAAUGCUGGAGGGAAAAUCCAAAAUUCACAGAGCAUAAUUAAAUAGAGACAGAGAGUGAAGGGAGAGAUAGAGGGGUCGGCAUUAAAGAUAGCAGUGUAGUAGCAGGGCAUCGCUUCCAUCCGAGUUUUGUAAAACAACCCUGAUCAAAAUGUGAUUUCCAAACUAGACUCCGUCCUCUAGCUCAUCAUGGAAACACUGACAUCUCUGUACUUUUAGCUCUCAGCAGACGGGCUCUUUAAGUUUUUAAAAAGACACUGCUAAUAUUCGUCCUUUUGCUAAAACAUCCCGACUCCUCCGCUCUGAUCACCUGGUCAUACUAAAGUCACAUUUAUCAACAUAACUACUUAAUUUAAAAGGAAUAUAGAGGGAGAGAAGUGCUGUCAGAAACUAGUUUUGGACUUUCUUGAAACACAGCAUGAGAAAAAGUCAAGACAACUAGACUUCAGUUAAAAAACAUGACAAAUACAACCCUUAUGUCUUAACCAACAGACCACGCAGUUACUUUAUUUAUGAAUGGUGUAUCCACAGUCCUCUGACUUGAUGUGUAGUCUUUAUUUCUUAAAAUUUGACUCAUUAAAUGGCAGCGUUGCAUGUUAAAAAGCCUUUUUGUGCGUGUGUGUGUGUGUGUGUUACAGCUCAACUUCAACUAAGUUUUCAGGAGUGGAUUUAAUUCCUCCUGUUCCUAACUGCACUUUAGGGAUGUCCACCAUGUUGCAUCAGACUCUGCCUCAGGUGGCCACACAAGAUCACAUCCAUCAAACACCUGAUCUCUACCCGAGACAUAUGAAACAUAACCUUGCCAUAUUUCACAUCGAUUUAAGGUCUGAUUUUGAACUAAUUCAGCGCCCUUAGACCCUUAUGCAAUACCUCCAUUUUUCAACAAAGUUUACACUCUUGAACUUCAGCUUGUUGGAGUAAACUUACUCAGGAGCUGACUCUGGAUGUAACAAAUAAUUUGCCACGGAGUUUCUUGCCUCAGAUUUUUAUACUGCAGUAUUUAGAGUUGUGUGUGUGUGUGUAGAAUCAUUGGUCAGUAAUGAUCCCUGUAGACUAACUUUUGUCUCCUUUGGUGUGUUUGAUUCCAGGUGUUGUGGAGGCAUGGACUGUAACUGCGUCAGUGAUCUGCUGCUCCCUCCGGUGCCCGCUCUUUGGACGCCAGGUCAGUUAACAAGAAAAUUCUGUGUUUUUUUUUUUCUUUUAACAGAGUACCAUCAUCAAAUCAAAUCAAAAUCAUAGUCGUGCAUGUUUGAAAUAAAUCUAGAUUUUUACAGAAAAAAAUUAUGCACAGGCUUUUUGGUAAACAAAUUCAGUCUCUGGUAGUAAUUGGUUGUAUUUCUAAUGUUUUUACAAGGCUAGUUAGUGCCAGAUUCACCCCGUAGGUGAGUCAAAAAGCUGCUUUACUCCAUCCAUGUUAUGCAUACAGUCGGCUUUUAGAAUUCAGGCCCGUGCUGCAUCAAUCAGAUCUCUCCCAGCGAGCUGUCAUCAUCCCGCUGACCAAUCUGUUGAGGCUAGAGGGCAUUAGCGCAGACUAACAUUGCUCAGGGCACGUGCUGUGAUAUUAAACACAUCAUCCCUCACCUCCAUCACUCAUCAGUCAUUCAGACAGCGAUCCCCCUCGGCAACCGGCGGGACAAAUGACAGGCCCUGACCUCAUCCUCCUCUCUUUCCUACUCCGUACACCCAGGGUUCGCCUUCCCGGACUGGGCCUACAAGCCCGAGUCGAGCCCCGGGUCCAGACAGAUCCAGCUGUGGCACUUCAUUCUGGAGCUGCUGCAGAAGGAGGAGUAUCAGGGGGUGAUCGCCUGGCAGGGGGACUAUGGAGAGUUCGUCAUCAAGGAUCCAGAUGAGGUGGCCCGUCUGUGGGGGAUUAGGAAGUGCAAACCUCACAUGAACUAUGACAAACUCAGCCGAGCACUGAGGUAGGUGUUUGUGAGUGAUGCGAUGAAUAUCAAGCGAUAACACCGUCGGAGUCAGAUAAGUCACGGCGGUUAUUGCAGCAAAGUUAACAUAAAUUGUUUACUCCUCUCAGACUGAAUCCUAACCUGUUUUUUUUUCUUCAUGUGGGUUUAAUGGAAAGAUAAAGGUGGAGCUUUUUCUCAGGGAACGUCAAUAUCUUCAAUUUCUCCUUAUCUGUGGACAUCCUAAUGGAAAGUUCACCAUUGAGCUGCCAAAUAAAAAAUUCAAUAGGGAUUUCGAAAUUAAAGCUCCAGUAUGAAAUUGCUUGGACUUUCUCCUUCCUUGUGGUGCAGAAACUGCCUCAGCUCUGAACUUGCUGAAGGUGAUUAAAACAACUCACACUCCACACCUUCAGUGUUUUUUUUACACCCCCCUACCGCACACACGAUUUUCUUAUGCAAAUAAACGCUACCCCGACUUAUUCUCCCACCCACCCCCCUUCCCUUUUUGCUCUUUCCUUUGGCCUCUUGUUAAUGGGGGCUGUCGUCAGAGUCUAAUUGUUAUGAAUUGGCUGGGGCCACAAUUAGCCUUCUUAAUUAGCCUCACUUAAUUGCUCAAUUAAGGGCCACAGCGCAAUUGCCACGCAAAGCAAAACACAUACACAUCAUUGCACCGGGCGCAGCCACUGUGGCUACACGCUGAUCCGUACAUGCUGCUGUGUGUGUUGAUACGUCGCGUCUGCAUAAUGAGGCGAAGCUCAACAGUAUUUAAUGCUGAGCUCGUCUAAUGCAUUCUGGAUUUGCUGCAUUUUAAAACAAACAAAUCCAACCGCUCAUAAAAAACAGCAAGUCAAAUGUAAACUUCUGUCUCGCGAGAACAAACCUACAAGUUUUUCAAUUUACUGCAGCCCCCCCGCCUCCUUCUCUUUCCACUCUUCCCUUACCUGGGCCAGAUGGCUCCAUGUUUCCUUUUACCGCUGAUCAACCUGGCAUCCUGGCAGACCGUACACUGUGACACCUCCGUGGGUGGCGCAGGAAGCUGGCAUGACGGCAGCUCGACAUGCCCAGCGGGAGACACCUGAGGUCGUUACCAUGGAGAUUGUCUCACCUUUCUGUAAAUGUGCUUCGCCUGGUGGAAGCAUUGACGGCUUCUCUGUGUCAAUUACAUUCACGCUUCAACUAGCCUGCGAGUUUUAUUUCAGAGUUGAAACAGCUGACAAACAAGCAAAUUAAGUAUUGUACACCCUGAAAGUUUAAUUUUGGGUUUUUACACUUUAUUUAUAAUUUUCAGGACAACACUUGUUUCUUUUAAUUUAAUAAUAACAUCAUUUUAAUCACAAUCUAACACCUGUACUCUUUAAUUUUGAAUCGUAAUAGCCGUAUGUUGUCCUGUCACAGUGUUGUACCUCUGCUGUUGCUUAACAUUCACUUUACUGUAUGUUAAUGGCCUCUGUAGCUCAAAGGGAUUCAUCUUUUUGACUUUUUGUCUGUUAACAGCUGAAUAAAAUUUCCCUUUAAACGAGCCUCUCAUAUUGAAUCAAGGCAGGCAGACAUGAAUUGAUUGGAGGUAGGAGGAGAUGAAUAAAAACAGUGGGAAAUCAGCAUAGCUCUCGCCCAACAGCACUGAAAUUGUUUACUUAUUCUUUCUGUUAGCAAUGAAGCACAAAAACCUUGAUGUGAGCAUUAUAUUAAUCCUUCCCUCCUCUUUUCCUCUUCCUCUUCCUCUUCCCCUUAUCCCUUAUCCCCUCACUCCAUCCCUCCUUCGAUUUCCUCUAUUUCUUCUCUGUUGCAGGUAUUACUACAACAAACGCAUUUUGCACAAAACCAAAGGAAAGCGCUUCACCUACAAGUUCAAUUUCAGUAAGGUGGUGCUGGUGAACUACCCCAUCUUGGAUAUGGCAAACUCGCCCUUCUUUCUGGCCCAGAACCACUUCAACGGGGGCUCGACCGCACCCGACUGCAGCCCUGAGGUACGAGGAGAACGAUGGGGUGACUGGGAGAAGGGGGAACAGGAAGAAGGAUGUAUAUCGUGAGAUAAAUAUGCAGAUAAUUAAAUAUUACUGCAAAGAAGAAUUAGAGCACUAUGAGCGUUUGCAAUAAACUCCUCCCGAAAAUCUGAAUUUAUCAUAUUGAAUUAAAGCUUCUCCGUUAAAUAUAGUUAUGUUUUACCUGUUGGAUGGGGAACCGGGUAUAAUAAUAAUGGCCAUGCUUUUGCAUCAUCUGUCAGAAUAGCUUGAACUAGUUGUCAGCCAUCCUCAGAUUAAUUGGUGGAAAAGAUGAUUUUCAGGUUUAUUCAGGACAAGAGGAACAUGUUCCAAACAUUGUUAAAGGCAUACAAACAGCAGGUAGAAAUACUGAUUAAUUAUUAAGGCAAAAACGCAGUCAAAAUUUUUUUUUGUCACUGCGUUUCACAUCAUCGUCCCAAUAUUGAAGAAUGUUGUUGCACACUGCAGCACACUGCGUCUUUCACUCUCACAUCCUGCAGACCUACAAUGAAACUCAGAUGAGUUCUCUCCCCCGUGUUUGUAAAGCAGCACGAUUACACGACAUAAAAACAACAAAAGAGAAGCUUUUGGUUUCACUUUUUUUUUGAUAAAGAAAAAACUAAAAUGAAAAAACAUCAGACAUGAUAUGAUAGAAAUUUAAAAAUCCACACACCUGAGAAAAAAGACUCACAAGACAGAGUAAAAUCAGAAUUUCAUCAAUACUAAAUUUAGCCCUUUAAUUUCAGUGCGUCUGGCUGUCAGGUAGAGUAAAUGACAUUUAAAUACACAGGAGUUUUCAAAGAACAAUACAAAGAAAAAGGAAGGAGAAACAGCAAGACACGGCUCUCUACCCCUUAAAUUUUUUAUUAAUAGGAAUUAAAUUCAGGUAACUGAAAUCCAUUUUACUCCAGUGAUUUUGCUCUUGUAUCUCAGGCCCCUGCUGUGCCUUUUUUUUUUAGCUUUUAACACAAGAAUGGGUGGUAUCAUUGUGCCUAUCUUUUAUUCACUCUGUAAUGGAGAUAUUAACAGAAUACUUAUUGUUUGCCCUGAGAGAUUGUAAAUUUUUACAGAGACAAAUUGUAUCAGAAGAAAAAAAGGAGCAAAAAUGCAGCUCAGAAACAGUAUUAUGUCUUCAAUUGUAACUUUAUUAGGGUGAUAAGAUAUUUAGAGAAAAUGAAACUAUGAUUAAAUCAAUUUGAAUAUUUUAAAUUCAGCGCUACAUGAUAGAUGUUUUCAGACAAAUGCUUGAAAAUGACUUUUUUUUAAUUUGGAUUUUGGGGUUUUUUGCUGGCGUGCCGCUGAUUUUAAUUAACAUCAGCCGUCCUAGAAAGUGCCUCGAACUUGAAAGUACAGUAAGAAAGAAUCAUCCGUCAUUUGUCUUUGCUCCUCUUAAGACGGGAUAAGGCGAGACACGCUCUGAAGGAGACGGUAAAAGAGAAAGAGGGGGGGUGGUUUUAACUUGUCCUUAAAAAAAGAAGACGUUAUCCCCUCCUGCUCUCAUCCCCGUCUCCGAUGGCGUAUCCAUCUGUUAUCGAUUGAAAAUGAAAGAAAUCGAAAGCAGAGGGGUCGUGUUAGAUCAGAUCAAUGGUGGGUCAUUAAUGCGGUUUGUUAAGCAACGUGGAUCUUGCGGCUCGGGAGUACAGUCUUAUCUUUCAAAGUUGCGGGGCUGGGAGGUGACAGAUACUAUUGAUCCAAAAGUCCUGCUUGGGGGGGAAAAUCCCCCCUUUGUCCCCUUCAUUCCUGAGAUUCAACUGAUCCGUUUGUUUUACCUUUGCCUCCCUCUUCUUCGUAUAUUUAACACACACACAUUAAAAAAAAAACAGUCACAGCGACACAGAGCUGUCUUACAUCCCGAACACUCGUGACUUUCUAAGAUCUCUGUCCUUUUUGUCCCGUGUCCCUUCUUCUCUCGCCUCGUCAUUUAUCUUUCGUCCCCACAAUCUUAAUCUCUGGUCUCCAUUUGACUCUGAACUCUUCCUGCCUUUAAGUAAUUUGAGCCUCUUUGUCCCCCUGUGUCUCUUUCCUACGCUGAGUCCCAUGACGCCUCUUUUUAUCCUGUCCUUGCUGUGACUCUGUCACUGUUGGCAUCAAAGUCCACAGAGUGCUCCACAACACGGCAGCACCAUAAGGGCGGAAACAUAGGAAGGACACGUGUUCUGUCUGGGAAUUACAAAUCAAACUUUAAUAUUUCUAUCUUCCUUUGUUUCUUCUUUUUUGUCACUUAGGCCAUUCAGUCCCUGUUUCCUCGUUUGCCGGACUCGGGCAGGGGGACGUCUCUGUUCGACAGAGGGACCACAGCACCAGGGCCUGAAGGAGACAAGCUGAGACUGGACACAUUCCCCUUCCUCAGUUCAGGUAAGGAGGAACCCUGCCAAAAAGUAGGAAUCUUAAAGUAUCCUAGAGACAAAACCUUCGUCUUUGUGAAGGAAAAAGACAGCUUGUAUGGAGGGCAUAUAGGUGGUACAUACACAGAAAGAAGGAAGGAAGGAAGGAAGGAAGAGAUGGUGGAGGAAAAAGAGGAGAGCAGGGAGAGGAAUGAGGAUAUGGGGAGGCAUGAACAUUUAUUGUUAAAGGAAAUAAGAGAGAUGGCUGUCCCAUCGCAGCCUGCAGUGAGGCUCUGCUUCAGGUGAAAUAGUCCAGGUUAGGUUUUGAAUUAUGCAUUUCAGCGGCGGUACGGAACAAGUUGAAGGCUGAAGGAAUCAUCCUUUCAGCCUUUUUUAGGAAAGAUUGUUCACGUUUUGAAAACUUCUCCUUCGCACCGCUCUCAGGAAACGCAGCCUUGAUUUUUGUACGUUUGCUCUAACGCGUCUGCCUUUGUUUGUACUUGAGAGCUCUCUGUACGUGCAUCAGAAUGUGUGUGAUUGUGCCACAGAGAUAGGGAGCAUGUAAACAGAUGUACCAACACACACACACACACACACACAUGCACUCUUAAUCACACAGCCUGCCUCCCCCUUAUCUCCCUCCCUACUCUGUUUGUCCUCAGGUCCUUUCCCCCCCCUUCCUCCCUUCUCACCCUCCUCUCCCUCCCAUGUGUCCCCACUGUCCUAAUCCCUUCCCAGGCAGGAAGGCCCUAAUUGAGGGUGCAGGCUUCAGUUUGUGGCCUGUGGGCGCCCAUUACUGUGUUUUCAUAAGCAAGUGAGGCCUGCCUGACUGAUUCAAUAUUCAUGUGUCUGCCAGCUACUCCUGGCCCAGCACGCAGAGACUUCAGCACUGUCAAAUUAGCCCUGCAUAGUAAAUAACAGAGUGAAAGAGAGAGGGAGAGAGAGAGAGAUAGAGAGGAGGAGAGGUGGAGGGUGAGGCAGAGGGAAGAGAGAAGCUUUGAGUUGGUUGUCAGUUGGAAGGAAGUACAGUAGAUCGAGCGGCAAUGUUUUUGUUUGUUCAUUAAAAUUGAAUCCCAGCAUCACCUCAAGUUUACCUCAUUUCUCGGUUAUCAAGACGCUAACAAGGAGCUGAAUUAGGAUAAAGCGAUGACCUGAAAUUGUCUGAAAUUGUCUGAAAUUGUGCGAUGACAUCGCAGACCUUUCUGUGGAGAGAGUUUGUGAAGUUUCCUCACUUAACCUGGAAGUGCAGGGACCGCUGUGCUGAUGCAUUCUUUAGAGUCUCAGGUGGAUUUUGUUUUGGCACGGUGACUGUCACCGCUGUAAUGAUGUACAGUGGAAACAGAGAUGUGGAGGUCUCCGUGUAUUUCCCUUUCAGCAGGCAGACAUAAUAACCCGAGAUGAAAACAACUCUGCGUGAUUACUGGUUUGAUUAGUCUGAGUUUCAGUGCCCACUGCAGUGUGGUUUCACAUGUGGUUUGCAGCAGUGUGAAGUGGGUGUACUACACAGUACUGGUAUGCAUAAAUGAACCAUCAGGUUUUUUGUUAAGAGCAGCCGUGCCAGAGUUGGCCCCUGUGGCUUCUCAUUAGACUUGCUAAUACCGAUGAGCAUAAUUAGAGAACAUUCUUAGAUGCUGUAUGUCAAGAAACCUUUGGCCCCUCUGAGUUUUAACCUCCAUCUCUGGGUUUUUCUUCAUCCUAGGUGCCCCAUGCUACUCCAAACCCCCGUCCCUGUUGGGCCCGUACCCACGCAACCCACCCUUCGACUACCCCUGGGGCUUCAACCCCUACCUCCCAGGGGCCUUCUCUCUCAAUAACUGCCCCAAACUGCCCCCUGGCUCGCUUUACCCCUCCCAGUUUUACCCCAACCCUUUGCAGAGCAGCCUUUCCCAGCUGCCUCACCCCUUCUCCUCCCUUCUCCCCCCGGGGGAGGCAGGUGGAGGUGAGAGGGGGGCAGCAGGGCAAACCGGAGGCACAAACGGCACGGCGGGUGGUCAACCAGUAAGACUCUGCCUGCCACCUUACCCGGGGAGCCUGUCGCUGGGUCGGACAGACAUUGGGGCGUCAUUGGUGGAGAGGGACAGGGUGGAGGCGAAUCCUCCGGGCUCAGGUUUAGGCCUGGGUCUGGGGGCAGUCGGAUUAGGAGCCGGGACUGUGACGGGCCAGCCGAGCCCCACAGAGAGGAGAGGAGGAGGGAUGAAGCAGGAUCCGGAGUCAGACUCAGACCUGGAGAUCACAGAUCUGAGCGACUGCAGCUCGGACAACGAGAACGAGCACGAGUUCGGCAUCAGGAAGGAGUCCAGCCUGGCGGGCCGAUCUCAGUUACUACUGGAUGGGAAGAAAGGGAGCGCGCUGCCACCCAUCUCCUCUCUUCCUCCAGCCGUGUCCCCUCAUCCUCUGAAGAGCCUGAUGCCCCUCACCCCUCCACCCCCAUCCCUGCCUCCGUCGCUCUCCCCCUCCUUGGCUCUGCAUGACAGACACAGAGAGACAGAGACUCUCAAAAUGAUCCACAGCUAAUACUUUCUCUCCUGCGUCCACCAUCUUGCCAGUCUGCGCUCUGAUAACUCUCUUUUUCUCUCCUUUCUUUUCUUUGAGACACUUUCCUGCUUUAAAAUGUCAACCCCUGAUGGACACUUUCUCCAGGAGAGGCAGUCAUGUCCUUUACUUCUAGAAUUACCGUUUCCUUGUUUGCUGUGUAAGUUUUUGACUCGCCUACAGUCCAUUACACCGCAGACGCGUCCAUCCCAGCGUACAUGUUUGAGGGUAUUGUCUGUCCAUAUCAGCAUCUUGUCCUUUCUGUUUUGAUCUCUCGAACCAAAUAUUCGCUCCACGCUUUGUAUACUUGUUAAACGCGUUGCCAGCAGGACUUUACAAUUUGCUGUCUGCUGUCGGCCGUGCUAUGAUGGAAAGCAGCGAGGUGGUAAAUUACAGCACAGCAACGCCUGCACUGACAAACAUUAACAAACAACAUCCCUAUACUAACAGAACAGAACAACAAAUAAUGCUCUGAUCGAUCCAAUUUUGCACAUUUGUGCUGUAAUUCUUGAGAUUUGGACCAUAUAUCCAAAAUCACUGUGAGUUCUGGGACAUAGUCAAAUACUGCCACCUAGUGGUCCUGUCAGUCAACAUCUCCUUUAAUGAAAUCAUCUCAUUACCUCAUUGUCUGUCCUAAAGGGAGCUUGUUGAGGCGAAGUUUGUUUUGCACUUACUUUUAAAAGAUUUUUUUUUUUGCAGGUUAAUUUGAAUGAAUUCUUAUUUUUAAUAGUGAUACCCGUGAUAGUGUGUGAAUUUUUAUUUUGUCCUGUGGUUCGAGUAUUUCCUGCACUUUUUCUAAAAAAAAAAUUAAAAAUAAAAAUGAAAAUAAAAAAGGAAAGAAAAAGAGAGCCGGGGGAGCAGGACCAAUCUAGAAAUUUGUAUGAAUAUUUCUGUGUAUAUAUUUUAUUAUUGUGUACAUUACAUUUAAUUAUUAUUAACUAUGAUAAGAUUUAGCUGUAUUGUUGUGAUUUAAUUCAGUAUUUAAACAUGUCGGAUAAAUUAUAAGCUUAGGUGUAUUAAAGUUUAAAUUAUUAAUGGCAGAAGAUCUGCCCUCUGAAGAUGUUUUUCUAUGAUGAGGACAGAGUUCACACUGGGAAUCAUCUCAACCCCAAUUAAUUGUGCCCUUUGGUCAUUUUUGCCAGAUGCCCAACAUACAAACCCUUUGGGUUCAAAAAUAUGCCGGUAGACUUAUUUUUAUAGUUAGCAUUCACCAAGUGUAACUAUAAUGUAAUUAGUCUAAUGUGAAUAAUAUUGGUCUUUGCAUUUUCUUGUUUAAAUCCUCCCCUCUAAAUCUGUUUUUGAUUAUUUUUCAAUCAGUGCUUUUUGUCCACACCAGCUGCAGAGAUAUUUGGUUUUGCUUGAGGACAUGAAACAGUGUUAGAAAAAUGAUUCAAAGACUGUUUAUCUCUGCUCGAACAGAUCUGAUGAAACCACAUCCUUUCAGCACAGAGUGACCACUAAAGCAUAUUGUACAGCUUCAUAGCCUUUAUAUCUGAUGGUUUGUCAUACAGUGGCGGUAUACGACUCGUUGUGAAAGCUCUAUUGUAAAGUUAAUGUAAAGCUCUAUGUUUGUUGAGUUGCUACAGGACAAAGGCCCCCCAGUCACCUCCACGUGGAGUUCACCAACUAACAGCUGUAAAUACUGUUUCCUCUGUGUGUAUAUGUGUGUGUACACAUCCAAAAACAACAAUGCAGUGCUUUUACCUGUCAUCUCUUUGUUUUACUGUAAAGAGGAAAAAUGGAAAGUGGCAAAAAAGAAGAAAAAGAUUAAUAUCUUCAAAGCAAUAAACAUUAUUCUGGAUAGUGGA